GCCCUUCUCGCCCGCUGCAAGGUCGCACAGGAGCAAGAGGCAGCCAGAGCGGGAAGAGGGGCGAGCAGCGCGCAAGGAAGAGGCGCUUUCUCCGAGGUCCGCUCGGCUUCCCCCACCAGAUCGCGAAGAUGCCCGGCCGCCCGUCCCGCCGGCUGCUUCUGGUGCUGCUGAGCCUCUCCUUGGGGGCCGGAGUCCAGGGCGAGAAGACCCGCAGGCAAGCCCAGCACAUCGUCCAGCCCCCGGUGCCGGCCGGCCAGAGCAAGCGUGAGUGCCCCGAGGGGAGCGAGAGAAAGCGAAGUUCGGGGGCCGGGGGAGAGCCCGCUGCAUGCAGGCGGGCCAAGGAGGCAGAAACUCCUCCGAGGGUCUCUCUCUUUUACACCCGUUUCUCCCGAAGGGUUUAAGAAACUCGGGAGAGCACAGGAAGUCUGCCUGGGCCAAAUGCGCUCGCAAAGUUCCUUCUCUCAUCCGCCUAUUGAGCGCUGUAAACUUGCAAUCCUGUAACGGAUUACCUGGGAGUGAGCUCCGGUGAACUCACUGAAUUGCAGUAUUAGUUGGAGUUAUUUUAAAAAAGUAAUUAAAUCCUGCUGUUCAGUGUCUCAAGCAAGACGCAUCCGGUACCUUGCAUGGCGCUCUGACUGUUUUUUUAAAUAUCGGUAGUGUCUGGGGUGUUGCUGAAUAAUGGAGGGUCCUUUCAGAGAAGAGACAUCUGGCAAUCCUAUUGUGCUUUGGGCAGAGGUGUGAAUUGAUCUGGAAGUCUUCCUGUUCCUCUCCCUCAGCCCUCCCCCCAACCUUGUGCUCUCAAGAUGUUUGGGACUAAAAGUCCCAUCAGCUCCAGCCCCUUGCAGGCUGAAGCAUCUGGAGGGCACCAGGUUGGGGAAGGAUACUCUUGCCCAACUCCCUACCUGUUUUCUUAUUACUUUAAAAGUAAUUGUGCAGUGUGUGUGUGUGCGCGCGCUAUUCAACACAUGGGGUUUCCAGAAUCCUGAAAUAUUUGCUUCUGCCUAAAGAACUGAGACAUUUGCCAAAGCCCUUCUACUUAAAAGCAUCAGAAGUGGGAGAGAAGCUUUAGAGGAGGUGGAUGUGAGGGGAAUGUUUUCUGGCACUCCAGUCUGUUAAACAUGAAAUAGGGUGAAUAGAAUUUACCCAUAACCUCACAGGGCUUGCAGACAGGCUCCCAUCCAGGCCACGACAAGACCCAGGUCCACUUAAGUCAGAAAGCUAAAGUUAAAUAUCAUUGCUCUUAAAGGGAGUCUCUGAGUAAACAUGUUUAGAUUUGCACUGUGUUGAUUUAACUCAAGUUUCCCAUUUUUUAAAUUCACGCACUUCCUGAACACAAGAGUGCAUAUUAAUUGUUUGCUACAACAAUUAAACAGGACAGUAGAUGGCUAAAUAAAGGCUCCAAGCUAUCUAGGAGCCUAAGCAUUUGUAUCUACUCUCUGUUGUGUGUAACAAACAACAUCUUGUGUUCGAAGUGCGUAAUUUAAAAUGGAAGCAAUUGAAAUCAACACGUGCAAAUCUAAGCAUGUUUACUCAGAGACUCCUUUAAGAACGUAUUUAACUUGGCUUUCUGACAAAGUGACAUAGUCUUGUCAAAUGACACAGAUGGGUGUCUCACAAGCCUGAAGUAGGCUAGUGUUACCCUGUUUCAUGUUUGUAGACUGGAGUGCUCAGCAUUCACUCUCCACUCCUCCCAAAUGCUCUCCCAUCUCUGGCACAGCAAGCGGCAAAUGUGCCUCGGUUCUUUUAGGCAGGCAAGAAUAAUUUCGAGGUUCUGAAACUAGUGUGUGAGCCAGCGCCACACUGCAAUUACUAAAGUAAUACGGAAGCAAACCUCUAACAGUGCCCUCAGAUGCUCAGCCUACAGUGAGCACAAGGUUGGGGGAGGAUACUCUUGCCCAAUUCCCUACCUGUUUUCUUAUUACUUUAAAAGUAAUUGUGCAGUGUGUGUGUGUGCGCGCGCUAUUCAACACAUGGGGUUUUCAGAAUCCUGAAAUAUUUGCUUCUGCCUAAAGAACUGAGACAUUUGCCAAAGCCCUUCUACUUAAAAGCAUCAGAAGUGGGAGAGAAGCUUUAGAGGAGGUGGAUGUGAGGGGAAUGUUUUCUGGCACUCCAGUCUGUUAAACAUGAAAUAGGGUGAAUAGAAUUUACCCAUAACCUCACAGGGCUUGCAGACAGGCUCCCAUCCAGGCCACGACAAGACCCAGGUCCACUUAAGUCAGAAAGCUAAAGUUAAAUAUCAUUGCUCUUAAAGGGAGUCUCUGAGUAAACAUGUUUAGAUUUGCACUGUGUUGAUUUAACUCAAGUUUCCCAUUUUUUAAAUUCACGCACUUCCUGAACACAAGAGUGCAUAUUAAUUGUUUGCUACAACAAUUAAACAGGACAGUAGAUGGCUAAAUAAAGGCUCCAAGCUAUCUAGGAGCCUAAGCCAACUACUCAUGCAGCCCAUAAUGCUAUCGGACUACAUAGUGAUAAAUGCUUAGAGAGAAGAGAGGCCACUGUGAAAUCCAUAAAUUUCUGUUUGGGUCUGUUUUCUCAUGAAAGGACACUAAGCAAGGUUACUUCCUCAAAGAUAAGGGUCCACUGCAGGUGUGUUGGUCUGUGGGGCAGAUGUCCAGAACUUUCAAGAAGCAAAGGCGGCAGCUGCUCAGCCAAACAGUGUUUCUGCAUGAAAUGGAAAGGAACUACAGUGUACCUCAGGUUACAUACGCUUCAGGUUACAGAUUCUGCUAACCCAGAAAUAGUACCUUGGGUUAAGAACUUUGCUUCAGGAUGAGAACAGAAAUCACGUGGCGGUGGCGGGACGCCCCAUUAGCUAAAGUGGUACCUCAGGUUAAGAACGGACCUCCGGAACGAAUUAAGUUCUUAACCCGAGGUACCACUGUAUCCAUGCUGUUUAGUUGAUAGGCCUAAAUAUCUGUAAUAGCCAGCUUGCUGUUAUAAUGCUUCCCUCAGAAAUCAAAUAAUUGUUCCUUAUGGAUUUUCUUCUGCUGCUGCUUAGAAAAGCAGCCGUUAAUGCAAUGAGUUUGUUAGAAUGCCACAAAUUAUGUUUUACAAGUUAAAUGCAGGAUGUAACAUUUGUUUUUCAUUUUAAUAAAAGUUAUUUGAAAAAAGUGUCAGUCUACCCUAGGAAGUGUCAGUGCUUUUAAUGUAAAACUAAAAGUGAGGAAAAUGCUUGGAACUGGAGGACUGUGCUGUGUCUUGGCAAAGACACGCCUGCUUAGGAGAGAGAGUCAGAGUUUUGUCCAAAUGCACUGGGGUCUUUCCAUUGUCUUGCAUGAAAAUUUGGAUCAGGCCUCCUAGCUGAGCAAUCUUUUCCAUCUGUUAAUGCAUUGCUUCAGAAUUUGAAACCUCCCGUGGUUCAGUUUGAAACAUGGUGGAAAAGAGACAGACAAAAUUGUUUUGAAUUCAAGCCGAGUGCUGAUUAUCAUGCACCUAAAAACCUUCAUCUUCUUUACUGAGGUUUCAGGAUGCAAAAGGAAUGCAGCCUCUGGAGCUAAUGUAUAUUCCAUGCAUGCCAAAGCUAAGAUCCGCCCCACCCCCUUGCACAUACAUCUCCCUCUUGCUUGGAGAACCAUUUGUGGUCCAGACAAAUGAAUGUAAUUGAAGACUCCUCUUUCUUUUUCAGCUGGCUGCUAUGAUAAUGGGCAGCACUAUCAGAUAAACCAGCAAUGGGAGCGCAGUUACCUGGGGAAAAUUCUGGUCUGUACCUGUUAUGGAGGGAGCAGAGGGUUCAACUGCGAAAGCAAGCCUGAGGGUAAGCAGAAGAUUGCUAUUACUACCACCAGCACCACCACUCCUACAAAAACAAUAUUCUGGGGAAACUAGACAUUUUUUCAAAACAAAAGAUGUUGAGAUAAACAGAGCUACUUUGUCUGAAAGCAUCUUUAAAGGUAGCCUGUUCUUAACUCAUUUUACUUCUUGACUAUCCUCCCCACAACUUUGUUUGGCUUUGAUACCUCUGAGUGUAGGACUGCCAUACAUCCGGAUUUUCCCAGACAUUACUGGGAUUUCAAAAGCGCAAUUGAUGUCUGGGGGAAAUUCCAAAAGGCAAGGUGGCACUUUGUCCUGGAUCUUAGGCAAGUCAGUUGGAAAAUCGUGGGUUUUUUGCGUUUUCAUAAAAGAAAGCUCAACAAUUUUGGGGGUGUCUUGGUUUUUACUUUUUGAAAUAUGGCAACCCCAUCUGAGUGUAUCUUUGCUUCUCCUGUCCAUUGUCGUGUGGAAGUCUUCUGGCCAACCACUGUACCAUUUUGUGCUCUGCACUGCUGCUAGUGAAGCGAUUUUCAAACAAACUACAGGCAGCAAACCCUCUCUUACAAUGAUGUGUCUGCCAGGGAAUCUCUACGUGGUCAAUAGAGAAUGUUCCUUUCCCUGCCGCUCUCAGCAAGGGCUGUAGAACAUGUUCUAGGGCACACAGAACAUUUUGGGCCUCAUUGUCUGAGGAGUCUCCAGAAGAGUAGCCUGGAAAUGCUUAGUGCUCCGUUGCAGAGAAAGCUUUGUGGGGAUGGGCAGGCUCUCUCCGGGAGUUGGUGUUGGUGCCACCUUUGCCUUAAAUGUGUGGAUUGGCUUACUUGGCUUUAAAGGAGAAGGGAAGACAAGUCUAUCAGUGGCUAAUAUCUGUGAUCACUAAAUUGAGCCUCCAGAUUCAGAAGCAGUCUACUUUUGCAGACCAGAUUCUAGAGACAGGCAAUGGGAGAGGGCUUGUUGGGCCUUUGUGCCCCUUUGGACAGCUUCUUGGAAGCUUCUGACUGGACAUGGAGAGAAACGGGGCUCUGGAGCAGCAAACUCUUGGUCUGAUCCAGCUGGGUUCCUCUUAGGAAUGCAGGUGCCAGGUGCUUUGGUUACACUGUGUGCAAAAGGGCACUUGAAAUGAUAGUAUUAAACUAGAAGGAUUUUGUGGGGGGCGCACACAGUGUGGAAGCUGAGUCAGGCUUUUUUAUUUUGGGGAUAAGAUUGGCAGGAGGGGUAUAAAGCAGUCAAGAAGGGGAAGUUGAGGAGCAGCAUGCAUAUCAGCUACAGCCAGAAAGCAGAUUAGCUGGAGAUCAAGAAGCUCUCCCUAAUGGAGUGAUGGCUAUGCACUUUUUAAGAGCAACCAGGACAGUACAAACCAUGGCAAUGAGGAAUGCAUGGCCUCUCUUGCAAGAAAACCUAGGGAAUAUUACUAGUAAAGAAGGACUCCUAGUCCAUGAGAUCGCAUCUUAUGCCACAAGGGACCUGAGGUGGGACUAUUGGGCUGAGUCAUUCAAAUCAAGAUGUGAACUUCUCUUCUGGGUGGGCCCUGCUUUGAUCUCUGCCCAUUCCCUCCCUGUUUUCCUUCCCUCUCAAGACCCUUCCCUUUCACUCCACCAUACAGGUUGCCUUCUCUGACCCAACUUGUGUGUUUCUAGGGCUCCCUUCUUUUGCUCUUUCUGUCUUAGGCCCUCUAGGAUCUAAGAAGCUGAGCCAAGUGCAGCCAGAGACUUUUCUGCCUGCCUCACCUCCUAGGUGACCCAGUCACCACCCCGAUCCCUUUAUGCAUGACAAUUUGAAUGGUUGGGGAGGGGGAUUAGAACCUGCCUGCUACAUAUUCUGCUAUGGUGAUCUACUCUUUCCUUCCCACUCAGCGGAAGAAACCUGCUUUGACAAAUACACUGGAGCUACAUAUCGAGUCGGGGAGACUUACGAACGACCGAAGGACUCCAUGAUCUGGGACUGUACUUGCAUUGGGGCUGGCCGUGGUAGAAUCAGCUGCACUAUUGCAAGUACGUAUUGGAGAUGGAGAGGUGCUUAGGUGCUUAAAGGCAAAUGUCUUAUGUGCUCAAGACAUUUACUGACACUGUUGGGGCAUUACAGAAGUCCACCAUUGCCCACCACCAAAUUGCAAGAAUAGCAAACAAUGUCACAAGUCUGUAAGGAAUUUUCUCAGUGGAAAAAUUCACAGUUCAGUCAGGAACUUAGCAUGUGAAUGCUAUAGAGAAGCCACAAGGUUUCCAUUGUCUACCCCAAUAUCAGAAUAAGAAUGUUAUUCAUGAUUAUAACUACUAUGUAAAGAGAAGCAACUUGCCUUUAUGACAUGCAAACUUUAUGAAUAAGUGUUUUUAUUUGUUGAUAUGCAUAAAAGAAAAUAUUUCUUGAGUCAAUUAUUUCUUUUUAGUGGAUACUUAUAGGUAUUCUUUCUAUCAAAUGAUUAGCUUUCAUUUCCAUUUGGUGCAAAGAAUUUGAACCAUAAAUUUCACUGUAAAGUAACAUGCAUAAAAAAACCAAGAGCAGAGAGAUUAUCUGUAGUGGAAAAUGUGCAAGAAGAUCGAGGAGGUGUAGGUUUGGCCUUGUGUAGUCAGCCCUUCCUGUGAGUCCUCGCAGGAGCACUCCUGCCCUAGAGGGUGGCCCAACUGGGGCUGGAGUGCCCAGAUUGGGAGCCCCAAUCGGCCUGGUUGGGGCAGGUGCGAAUGGUGCAGGCCAAUGUGAUCUGAGAGGAUGAUGGACCAAACACUCCAUAGAAUUGAAUUGGGUGGUGUAUGUGGGUGUGGGCGUGCUGAAUUGGGUGGUGUAUGUGGGCGUGCUGAAUGUCACCCCCCUCAGCGAAGACACCCGGAGCGGCCCGCCCCCACUGCACCCCCUUCCUCUGCCCCUGCAUGUGCUUUGCAUGCAGAACUAGUUAGAAAGGUCUUAGGUAGUAAGGUUGGGAAACAUAAUUGCCUAGAAACUUGGAGAGUUGCCACUAGGCAGAGUAGACAAUGCUGGACUGGAUGGACCAAUCCAGUGUCUUGGUAUAAAGGAGUUCUGUCUAAUUCUAUGUGCAAUUUUUACAGAUCGCUGUCAUGAAGGAGGUCAGUCUUACAAGAUUGGGGAUACCUGGAGAAGGCCUCAUGAGACAGGGGGCUACAUGUUGGAAUGUGUGUGUCUUGGCAACGGGAAGGGUGAAUGGACUUGCAAACCAGUUGGUAUGUAUUGGUUUAUGUUUGUUCCUGAGAUAUCAAAUAUGGAUCUGCAGGUGCUUCAGAUUCAGUAAACAAAGUUCUUUAUGGCAAUGGUUUGAGGUAGAUGUUGGCCUCUUGAUUCUUUGACAGGAUACUUUCUUACAAAGAUAAAUGUGUGUGUAUGUGUGUACACACACAUAUCUAUUUGUCCUCCCUAUUUUAGUGCUUUGAGUAUGUUCUAACAUCCUCAGGCUGUUAUAUAUGGAAAUCACUUAAUGUAGCUGGUAUGGCGAUUGGGCCUAUUUCUCACUCAGGUGGUCAUCCUGAAUCUGGGGAGAGUCAUGAUUGAAUGCUCUCAAAUACAAAACAAUUCCUGCCACAUAGAAAAUGAAUAUAGCAUUCAAGCUACUUCAGAGCAUUACUUUUUCUUUGUAUGGAAAAGGAUUCAUUCAUGUGAUUCCUGCACAUGAAGUCUGAAGUGAAAGGUGAACACUGUAGUGAGAACUGGACUUCAUGUUUGACAUAUUUUCGAGAUAUCCACAUUCUGUUUUUUCACUUCACCUAUUAAUGCAGUUUGGAAGGAGAUAAUGGAAGCAAUUUCUCCUUCCCCUCCUCGGUUAAGAAAUCUUGUUUCAUCUUUUGACUGAAGAACUUUAAUAACCAAAGUAUCUUUCACAAAUAUUUUUCUGUAGCUGAGCGGUGCUACGAUAAUGCUGCUGGGACUUCCUAUGUUGUUGGAGAGAUCUGGGAGAAGCCCUAUCAGGGAUGGAUGAUGGUGGAUUGUACUUGCUUAGGAGAAGGCAGUGGACGCAUUACCUGCACUUCCAGAAGUAAGUAUCACCUUAAGGCAGAACGAUGGCCAUCCACCAGUAUGAUUUUUGUGAUAGUCCAGCUCCCAUUAGCUCUGAACAGCAUGGCCAGUAGGGAAGAUGGGAGUUGUAGUCCAGCAGUAUUUGGGGGGCGGCAAAGGUGUGGAGGUCCUCCACACCUGCUGUAAAGUAUUAAGUGGAAUGCACAGGCUGCAAGACUAAGCACACACUUACUUGGGAGUAAGCCAUAUUGAAUAUACUGGGGCUUGCUUCUAAGUAAACAUGAGUAGGAUUGUGCUACACCAGUGCAAUCUUGUUCAUGUUUACCAUGUGUCCUGCUGUGUCCUGUGGCUCUUAAGUGUACAUAAGACUGUGGAUGAAGUGCUAAUCAUGCUUUAUCUUUUGAUGUAACACCUUUCAUUCACACUAAUUGUCCUCAGGGUAAUUUUCCUGCUCGCACUUUGGUCUUGCACUUCAUGCUGGGAAAGGUUUUCCCAUUCUAGGAAUAUUGUAAAAUUUGAACAGGAAAGCUGUAACCAGUCCUUUCUCUUUUAGAGAAACUGGAGAUAGACUUGUGAACUUCAGAAGCAGCUAGAGUGUUCUCCUAUUGCUGUUUCCCAGAUACACUAAGAAUUACCGACAGAUAAUUUAGUGCUGCAUCAAUUAUUUUUCCCACAAACUUAAAAGUAUCUACAGGAAACCAUUGGUUGGAAAUUGUGGUUUUGUCUUCAUUGGAAUUUACUAGGAAGGCACUGCCUUGGAGCCUAGAAUAAUUUAGAGUGAGGAAGUUCAUUGAAGGAAAGUUUCCUGGCCUUUCUCUGCACCAGCCACCUGUGUCCCUCUUCCCCAGUACCUGUUCCACGUGGUGGUGGUGGUGGUGGUGGUGGUGAGGGGGCCUCCUAAACAGUGUGGGGUAGGUUGAGGACUGAGGGAAUGGGUACUUCUCCUUCCAUGCAGUUACUUAAGUUAACUUAUCUGAGGACACAUUGUGAUUAGAACUGGAAUUUGAAAGGUAACCAAAACAGUGAACUGCCUGCUACUCAAGCAUUGUAGAUAUGCAGUCCUCUGUAUUAACAGCUCUGAAAUGGAGCAGUUACCGUGAGGUGGGGGGAAUCCCAUGUAUAGGUGAUGGAGCCAUUGGCAUACAUAGGAAGCAUUUUUAUUCUGGAGUUUGAACCAGUGAAAUGUUUACAAGAAAAGCUUCCAUAUUUUUCUUUUUUUUCCUUUAAAAAAAAAGCCACUUAAAAGUGAGAUCACUGACUGAAUGUAAAACCCAUAUAAUCUGACUUUGGAAACAUCUGGUCUCCUAAACCUUGUGUCUGGUAGGUUUUGAGAUAUCUUCUUUUAGUUUUUAAUUGGUGAGGCAAAGUCAUGGCUUUUUACUAACAUAAACAAUAGUUAAUAAUGCCCAAACCCUCAAAGUAGGUUUGCUCUGCCUCCAUGGCAAUAAUACUUCUGAAUACCAGUUGCUGGAAACCACAGGUGGGAAGAGUGCUCUUCUCCUCAGGUCCUGCUUGUAGGCUCCCCUCAGGCAUCUGGAGGACCACGGUGAGAACAGGAUGCUGGACUAGAUGGGCCAUUGACCUGGUCUUAUGUUUUUACGUUCAUACGAGAUUAAACUUUAAAGCCCUGGAAGACAACCUUUCAUUUGUAAUUGCAGUCUGACUUGUGGUGACAAUACAUAUGCAUUACAAAAUGGGGAAGACCAGGAGGUGUAAUGUUUGCAAGUACCAGUAAAAAGACAUGAUCCAAUUAUUUGACAUUGAUAUAAUUUGUUUCAUGACAUGAUUUGUCUAUCAUGAUUUUUCUCCUACGGGUUGCUGUAAGAGAGAACAGAAAGUUUCAGUAUUUUUCAGAAAGUCAAUGAAGCAUCUUCUACAAAUCUAAAAUGGAAACAACGGAUUCAGUACAAAUCGUAGAUACAUCUUUGCUAAUAAUCACAGGUUUUACAGUGUUGCCCCAUAGAUUAUCUCAGUAGCCUUAUGGAGUAGGCAGUGACUGUUCCUCGUAGGCAGGCGAAUUCUUGGACUUAUAUAGCAGGCAUGAGGAACCUCUGGCUCGGAGGCCCAGUGUGGCUCUUGGGGCCUCUGUAUGUGGCUUUGGGGACUUCCCCAGACCACAUACCUCACUGGCCCAGCUCCAUGCUGCCUUUGACCACUUUUUUGCCUGGCUUUAGCUGUGAUAAUGGCUCUUGAUUUCUUGGAUGGAGGUUGAGAUACUGAGCGAUUGUAGAGGAGUUGUAGAAAUGCCUGACUUUGUGUGGUUGGCAUGUAGCUUGUUGUACAAAACUAAGGGUUACAUCCGUUGCACUGUCCAUUUUUGCCUCUGGCCAGCCCACCGCUGCUGUGUAGUCCCCAGAAAGUUUGCUGAUGAGGGAAUGUCUCCCGCAGGCUGGAAAAUGGACCCCAUCCUUAUAUGGCAUGUGAAAGAGCUGCUUGCAGAUGGCAUUGGGUUUGUUUAUAUGGAUGGAUUGGCAUUUUGAUUCCUGGUCUAUGUUGAUAACCAUAUCUGUGGACUUAAGCCCUUUCUGUGUGUUGUUAUGGAGUUGCUCCACCACCCACAAUAACACAGCCUCUGUUCUCAUUUUGCCACACUGUUGUAGUCAUUUUGGGGGAUCCCCCCAAAUUCAGGCACCAGUUCUGGGGAGUGAGCCCCACUGAGCUCAAUAUAACAUACUUCCGAUGGAAUGUACGGUUAGAAAGCUUAGUUUUAUUGAAGCUUUUCUGGCCUUUUUAUGAAGCAUGCAGCUGCUGGCCACCCAAGGAUGGAGAUCUCCUUGUAAAUGAGCAAGCCUCUUAGAACAAACCACCAUGUUUUAUUCCCACAGAAGUUUCCUUGUUUCCCAGCUCUGAAUGUUUUGAAAAGUGCUUUCCCAGGAUUCCAUUCACACACAUGAACUUGGUGUAUAAAACCACAGACCAGUUUCCUUGCUAGGCCAUGGUAUUCUGUCAAUCUGAUCUCAUGGUUUUCUCAAGUAUUUCCCACAUGUUGGUUUUUGUGGCCAAAGUGCAACAGCUGAGAAACCAUUUGGAGUGAUUCAGAGGUUUUCUUCUACCCAGCCCUAGUAUUUCCAGAGGGUGCCCACCCCAUGACCCUGCAUUUCUCAAGGGUGGGUUUCAGCUGUCAGGCACAGUGGGCAGGAACUUCCUGGUGCCACUUUGUUUCAGGGAAAGCAGCUGCAUGAAUGGUGAUGUGUGCUUGCACAGAGAGGUGCGGUGAGUGUGGUAAUGUGUGCAGGAGAAAGACUUGAAGCUAUCAGCAUGUGGCGGGAGGAGAGUAGAGGAAGGCAAGCAUUGGAACAGAAUAUUUAUUCACUGACCAAGGGAUGGGCCAGUUUGUAUCUUCCUUGGGCACUUGCUUCCUAGGGCACAGGAGGUAUGUUUUCCAGUGUACAUGACCAGGGGCAGAGUAUGCCCCUCUUUGGCCCUAAGGUAUAUUUUUAAUAGUCUCAUACAUAUGUUUGCCAUUACUGGGAGGGUUGCCUGUGUAUCUGGAUGGCAGGAUUUAUCCUCUCAUAAUUGUCCAAACUGCAGCAGGCUGUUGAAGUUGCUCAUAUGGGCUUUGAUAAAAAAUCCACAACUGUCACUGGGCAACUGACUCAUCUCUCUGUUUUAAUCCUAUAAUUGCAAAAUCAAAAUAGUGAUUUAUCUCAAUCCGUUGUUAACUAGCAUGUAAAUUUUUCAAAGUAGUAGAAAAAUAAAUUCCGCUUGAUUCUUGGCAACUAAAAUAGACUGUUGGUGUUUAAUUAGAUCAGUCUGUAUGACAGAUCAAUGACUGUGUGAAAAAAAUGUUUUUACCAGUCCAAGUGGAUCAAGGUAUCUGUAGCACACGGGCUGCUGAAAUGGCAAGGGCUUCAUUUCCCCAUUGUGUGUUUUCAUUUCCUUUACAGACAGGUGCAAUGAUCAGGACACCAGAACAUCUUACAGAAUUGGAGAUACCUGGAGUAAGAAAGACAACAGAGGGAAUCUACUUCAGUGCAUCUGCACAGGGAAUGGCAGAGGGGAAUGGAAGUGCGAGAGGCAUUCAUCUCUCCAAACCACAGGCAUAGGUAGGUGAUCAACCUGGAUAUGAUCAUGAAAUCUAAAUGCAUCACAUUGGUGCUGUAACUGAUUUGCUUCUUUUUCCUGCCUCCUUCCUAUGCCUUCCUCAGCCUCUCACAAAAGAGUCCUUGUUCUAUUUGUGGGACUUAGAGGGACGUGGGUGGUCUAAACCACUGAGCCUCUUGGGCUUGUCGAUCGGAAGGUCGGCAGUUCAAAUCUCCAUGACGGAGUGAGCUUCCAUUGUUCUCUCCCAGCUUCUGCCAACCUAGCAGUUCAAAAGCACGCCAGUACAAGUAGAUAAAUAGGUACUGCUGUGAUGGGAAGGUAAAUGGCGUUUCCAUGUGCUCUGGCUUUCAUCAUGGUGUUCCAUUGCACCAGAGGCGGUUUAGUCCUGCUGGCCACAUGACCUGGAAAGCCGUCUGUGGACAAACGCCGGCUCCCUCGGCCUGAAAGCGAGAUGAGCGCUGCAAACCCAGAGUCACCUUUGACUGGACUUAACUGUCCAGGGUCCUUUACCUUCUACCUUUACUUGUGGGAAGAAGUCGGUUAAGCUAGGAUUGUGUAUAGAAGGGAGGAGCAGUAGGAGGCGGUGGCACUUGUUCUCUUAAUAAUUGCAGACUGUGUGUAGCAGGAGUGGGGAUGGGGGCUGGAAGAUUACAAAGCCUAUGGGCUUUUCAGGUGCCAUGGCUGUCCUCUGUUACGCUGUAUAUAAACUACUAGCAGGGAGUUCCUGGAGCGCCCCAGGUAUUCAAAGAAACCCAAACAUAUGAUGACUUUUAAAUUGAUAGUAUAAUUUGUGAGAGUUUGGGCUGUGUGCACAUACAUACACCCACACACCAAUCCAGGACUCUGACCACGUGACCUUGCCCUGAAUAAUUUUUUAGGGAUGGAAGAACUAAUGAUUAAUUUGGGUUCAUUUGGUCCACCAGCUUGAUUAAAAAAUGGCACCCGGCCUGCAAACAUAGAUAAAGACCACCUCCUUCUCUUUGGAAACCCUUGCGCCAAGUUUGGCAAUGAUGUCUCAAGAGGCGGAUGCACAGGUUGGAACUGUACCACCAAACUGGGCAACAAUAUUUUCAGUGGUCUCCAAAUUGGCACAUUUUGAACUCAUUGUGCCAAAGUCACAUUUUGGACCGCCAUAUUGAUUCAGAACAACAGCCGGGGGCCCAACAUUGAUGAAAAGUGAGAACCCUCAUGGCAAUAUAUCUGGAGAGGCAUUUGAACACACAGAACAAAUGAGCAAACCAUUUCCCAAAAUACAUAGAAGAUAAGAACCCUUGGUCUGUUCCAGCAAGGAAGUUGGUCACAGGAAUAGAAGCCUCUGAAUACCACAUGCUGGGGAGAAGCCUUUACUUUUUCUUUAACAUGUUCUAAAAACAAAAUAGGCUGAACAGUUAAUGACUUUUAUUUCCUCAUUUCAAAUCUUGCAGAUUUAAUGAAACUUUAAUUGGUUGAUUAAGUGACUCAAAGGAGAUAAUUAACUGGCAAAGAUGAUUUAAUCAAGGGACAGCCCUGGCUUUAUGCAAUGUGAACUGCAGGGUUUAAUUGCUAUCACACUUUCCUCUGAAGGAACUGCGUCUGCUACCAUCACAGAUGUGCGAACGGCGCUCUACCAACCUCAGUCCCAGCCUACUCCAUAUGGGCACUGCAUGACUGACAAUGGCAUGGUCUACUCUUGGGGGAUGCAAUGGCUGAAGACACAGGGGAGCCAGCAUAUGCUGUGUACUUGUCUGGGCAAUGGAGUCAGCUGCCAGGAAACAGGUACGAGGCAUUUCAAAUUCAUAAAAGAUUAUCACUUAGGGAUACUUGAGACUAAUUGUAGGGGCUAGGUUUGAUUGAGGUAGGUCUUUUCAAGAUUGGCGCACCUUAGGAGAAUGGAUCACACCUUAGCUGUUUCACGGCUACCGACCGCAGUAGGACUCAACUGGAUCAUGUAAAGGUACUGAGGUGCCCUGCCUAUUUCUUUGAUCUCCUUUGACUACUAUGCCUGAGUCACCAUAUAAGUCACCAUGUAACACUUACUGCUACGAUGUGAUCAUAGUUUAGAGAAGCAAGUCUCCCCAUUCAACAUCUCUCCUCAGAGAAAGAGGAGAAUACAAGAGCAUUGAAUACAACAGUUGGAUGGUGCUGUAGAGUAAGUUAUGAUAGCUUCAAGCUGUAGGAAAAAGGGAAAAGGAGAAAAAAGCUCACUGUUAAGGAAGACAUUGCAUUGCAUUGUACUUGUGAUUAGAUGAUAGGAUAAUGAUGCGAAGUUUUGUUUCUAAAGCUGUGACCCAAACCUACGGUGGCAACGCCAAUGGGGAGCCUUGUGUCUUGCCAUUCACCUAUAAUGGGAGGACUUUCUACUCCUGCACUUCUGAAGGCCGGACUGAUGGAACUCUCUGGUGCAGCACCACCUCAGACUUCGAUCAGGACAAGAAAUACUCUUUCUGCACAGAACAAAAUGGUAAAAUUCUUUAAAAGGAAUACAUACUUGGGAGAAAUAAGGUUUUGGGAGGGUAGCACUGUCCACCUAGGCACAGACCCAUUAACUGAAAUUUGCCAUUGCUCCACUGAAUUCAGUAACUGACUGUUUUUCCCCUAACGUGACUUGUGAGGAUGGAGGAAGACACAGCUGCAAGAAACACAGAAUAUAAAAGUCUGGUGGGUGAUGGUAGAGUGGGAUGAGAAGUAGGAUUUGAAUCAUAAUGACCUCAUAAUAGAGCCAGUUCAGUGCCAUAGAGAAAAUAUUUUUCUACACCAGAAACCUAGGUUCAAAUCUCUUGUCCUUGCCAAAUAGCCACAGGCAGGUUAUUUAUUCUGCAUGUUUCCAUUUUAUAAGACUGGAAUUAACAGUAACAUGACUCACCAGCUUACUGGCACUCAGACCAUAGUCUGAAGAGAAUGUAAAUCUAAAUAAAUGAAUCCGCCACUCAGGUUCACAACUGGCUUCUUCUUGGGAAAACUGCGCUUCCAGAGAUUGGGUUGGAGAAUACUUCUUAGGAAUGAUUGGCUAAGGAAUGCUUGGAAAUUACUCUCUUAUUUCACUCAUGUGCUUCUGCCCUGUGUCUCAUCAGCUGGUUCCUGGAAAUGCACAAGGAGUAGUAUGUGAAGUUAGAAUAUAUGUGCAUGUGCAGUUACGUAUAUUUGUAUGCUACCUUUUCACAGUUCGUACCAUGCUCAGGGCCACUUACAACAUAAAAUUACAUAACUACAACAUAAAAUGCAAUUAUAAACAAUAAAUAAAACACUAGCAAAUACAAAACCAAGCUGAACAAUUUUCACAUAAAUCACAACAAAUUCAAAAACAAAGAUACAAAAGACCAACAGCAACAACCCCCCCCCCUCCCAAAGAAUACCCCAGCCCCUACGAUGGCAGUUUGCUCCUUCUAGUCUUGUGGGGGAAGGAGAUUGGAUGGAAGUGGAGCUGAUAGUCUGAAUAGAGCUCUGCAUCCUGGAUCCAGGGCCCUUUCUCUGUAGUUGUCUGACUGGCUUCUUUUUCCUUUUUCAAAUUCCACUAAGACCUAUGUCCAUAUUAGGCUCGAGGGGAAAGAUGCCUCAUGAGUAUGAUCAGUGCAAUGCUCUGAUGUCACUCCUUAGAUCUUGAAUCUGCAGCCAGGUUGCCAUAUAUAGCAGCAAACAGAACCUGAGUCUUAUGUGGCCUUUCCCCCCACCCCCCACCCCAAAGCAUUUUGCCUCUGAGAUGGGGAGGGAAAUUUGCAUUAAAGCAGGGGUCUGCCUGUAGAGCGAAAUAGUGCAGCAGGGAGUGGAGCUACUAGCUUUAUAAUACCAAGGCAGAAGCUGCCUGUCCAAAUGAUGUUAAUGCUUUUAAACAAUUCAUUUGUCCAUUAUACGAAAGAAAUACACCCAGUGCAAAAGUGCUUCAGAUAAAGGAUGCCAGCUGGAGUCUCCUUAUCUGAAUUUCUCCCCAGAUUUUAGGGUUCUCAGUUAAUUGAUCUUGUUUGCUAAUGUGCCGGUGCUGCUCCACAAUGUGUCUUCCUUCCAUUUUUUAUUUCCAUUCUUAAUGCAGCUGAGCUGGUGUAAUUUGCUAUAGCUUCCAGUUUCCAGUCCCCCAUUACAGGCUAUCAAGGUGCACAAGUGUUUAUAGAGAAUUGCACUGGCAUUGGUGACACCACAGGCCAAAUAUGCCCUUGACCAUGAAGCUCUCUGAAUGACCUGGAAACCUGGUCAACUCACUGCCUUGCAGGUUUGUAAGAAUAAGGGGCAGGGGCAGGAAGCAGGGAGAAGACCCAUAUUCAUCACUUUAAGCUCCCUAGAGGAAAGGCAGGAAAAGAAUAGAAUACCUAAAUAAAUAAAUAAGCAAGCACACUGGUUAAAAGAUCACAUGAGAGGGAGAACUGAUGUGAUUGCAUUGUUAAUCAAAAUCAAAGUUUGUAAAUGUAAAUCUGUGUAAAAUGUGUUCUCCAGUGCAUAAUCUAAUAAUUACUUUGGAUCGCUAGUAAUCUGCCUUCUUACUUCAAAUGAGUAUAUUCCUAGCUCUUUUAGUUGCAAUAAAAAACCCUGGAAGCAUUUGAGCUCAGGUGAUGCUUUCUAGUAACAAGGACUGCAAUAGCUGGUGGCACGCAACACUGACAGGACCAGUGGUCAGCUGCUUACUGGGAGGGAGAGGAGUGAGGUAGCAGGCCAGACUGGCAUGGUGCAAAUGCACCAGCAAAACCAGUCCAGUGCUUCCACCAGUGCAACUGGGUCUUCCUCCUCAACCUCCAUCUCUGCAAGCAGCGGCAAUACAGCCAACCAGCGGUCAGGUAAGCGCUGCUGCCCCAUCAUUUCUGAGUUUCAUUCCUUUGUUUACUUAAUGUUCGUUCAUUACUUUCAUUUCCAAAAGUAACAACAGCUGCUAACAACAACAUACCAGGCUCAAUACAACCAAGUUCUCAUGUGCCUGCCUACUCUGUGGCCAGAAAUUGGGGCAGUACUUUUCUGCUGCACCUACUUUUAUCCCACUUUGAUCUUUUUAAAGAAUGAGCUUCCUUUAGCAACUGGGAGUGGCAUUGAUUAUAAUGUUGCCAUGUAAAGGUCCACAUGGAAGAGGGGAAAGAAUAAUUAAAAUAGAACCACAGAAGCAUCUGCCUAGUCUUACUGACUAUUUUAAACCAUUGGGUUGUAAUUAGGGAUAUAAGUUAAGGUCUUAUUUAAAGGCUUAGAGAGUGGUUCUGCUCUCAGGCAAUCUGCCCACCAUCCCACUGAUUUUCCAGAAUUUGAGUAAAUUUGUCCCUGCCCUGCCCUAGCAGCUACUUCUGCACUAUGAUGAAGCUGUAAAGUCAGUGAGUUAAGACCUCCCAUUGCCUCCAACUUAAAAUAGCCCUCUAUCUCCCUCUCCCUCUCCUUUAUUUACAUGAUUAAGAACAGAAAGACGUUAUACAGCACCGACCAAGGAGCAAUGGCAGAUAAAAUUAAUAGACUGUGCCAAAAUGGGAAAACUCAUGGGAAGAAUUAAAACCAGGAAGAGUUAACUUUUAAUAAAUGGGGAAAGUAUAUAGUUUAUUUGAAAAAAUAUUGCAAACAAUUAAAUGCAUUAGCAGGUUUGAUGUAAACUUGUAGCUAAAGAAUUGAAAUAAGGAAUAAUUAAGGAUUAGUAAAAACUGGAAGUAUAAAGGAGAUGCAGGGGGGAUAAUUAUAACAUAAGGACCCACAAAGGGGUGGGAGGGAAGUCAAAGGAUAUGUGCUUUGCUUUGCUUUUUUUUUCUUUUGAUGUUUUGUAAAAUUUGAAAAAUUCAAAAAUUAAAAGAGCAGAGAGAUGUCUCUUAGUGCACAUCUUCUGCUCUGGUUUUCCAGUGCUCCAGCGAUGUGUCUUGAUCUUUCCCACCCAGUCUCUGGAUUAGAGCAUAGAUGAGGCCCUGUUUUAAAAAAAGCCUGAGGAUCAGCUGCAUUUCUGAAGCAUCAGGGAAUGAAAAUGAUGACUGUAUUAGAUUCACAAUUCUUGGGUGCGCAGGAGUCAUAUCUGGCUUCAACUCUUGAGAGCAGAGUUUGGUUUUCACAUUUGCCAGGAACUUUUUUUGAGAAAACCAUUUGUGUACAGAUGGAGGACUGCUUUUGCAACUUAACAAGAGUGUAGACCAUAUUGGUUAGAUGCUUUGCAAGUUUAUUCCAUUCACCCUCACAACAACCCUGUGUUGGAACCAAAGGCUGUAUCUGAGGAUACAUGAAGUCUUCUCACAAAUUUCUUUUAAUAUUUUAUUAAAUUUUUCUUCAGAAAGAACAUAACUUAAUCACAUAACUAAUAAAGUGAUGGACAUAAUAAUUGGGGGGAUGUGCUUAGUUGAGGGUAACUCUGUAUAGGUUUUUUGAGUAGGAUUAGGACUCUGUAAGGAAUGCCCUGCUGAGCUGGAAUUCAAAUCAAGCUUUCUUAAGAGCAAAGACUCUGUAUUGCAGCAAAUUGCAUACUCUGAAGUAACAUAUCAAAAACACCACUAUCCUGGAUAUUGUGAUGUUAUGGAGAUGGGUCUCUGUGAAUGGCAGUCGUGCUAAGAAGUCAUGAUAAGGCUUUGCAAUGUCCACUUCCAUGAAUGGCUAUUUCUGUCUUGCAGUCUUGGUUCAGACACGUGGUGGUAACUCCAAUGGUGCCCUGUGCCACUUCCCCUUCCUCUACAACAACCAGAAUUACACUGACUGCACUUCUGAGGGACGGAGAGACAGUAUGAAGUGGUGUGGAACCACCCCAAACUAUGAUGCUGAUCAAAAAUUUGGAUUUUGUCCCAUGGCAGGUAUGUUGAACAUAUAUUUAGUGAGAGUCCAGUACUAAGAUGUUUGACUGGUGCUCUAAUUCUUUGCAGACUGUGAAAUAAUUUUGUCUAUGUGAUGCUGAAAGAUCACUAAUUAAGCCUCAGCAGCUGUCUAUAAAUAUUAGCCUCAAUCAUAUUCAGCCAAUAUUCCAUUCUGGAAUCUAGAACCUUGUGGGAAUGCAUCUUGUCCUUAAUUCAAGCUUCAGCAGUAGCUGCAAAAUUCCAAAUUGCAUCCCCCUCCCAAUGUAAAUUAAUCUCAUUUGAUAUGCAUUGCUGAAAUAGUUUUACAUUACAACUUUAGCAAACACAUUGAUAUCAAAACUCUUAUGGAAUCAGUAAGACAGAAUGAAAAUUUGUUCAAACAUUUUAACAAAAUUGUUUGUUCAGAAAAGAAGAUUGCCACUGUACUUUGCUUAAUAUGAGGUAUGGCAUACACAAACAUAGGCCCCAACAAACAAACCUCACUCUUUAUUAUUCCUUGAACAGCUCAUGAGGAAAUCUGUACCACCAAUGAUGGAGUCAUGUACCGUGUUGGAGACCAGUGGGACAAACAGCAUGACAUGGGCCAUAUGAUGAGGUGCACUUGUAUGGGAAAUGGGCGUGGAGAGUGGACCUGCAUUGCUUAUUCUCAGCUUAGAGGUAUUUUCCCAUUUCUGCUUGUAUGCUCAACUUGAUACGGUCAUUUGCAGUCUGUAUGACAAGGAUUAAUCUAGAGGGGUCAUAUGAUGUGGGUGCAAGGGGGUAGGUAAUCUUCAGAUAUGAUUUUGUUGUUGUUGUUGUUUAGUCGUUUAGUCGUGUCCGACUCUUCGUCACCCCAUGGACCAGAGCACGUGAGGCACAUCUGUCUUCCACUGCCUCCCGCAGUUUGGUCAAACUCGUGCUGGUAGCUUCGAGAACACUGUCCAACCAUCUCGUCCUCUGUCGUCCCCUUCUCCUUGUGCCCUCAAUCUUUCCCAACAUCAGGGUCUUUUCCAGGGAGUCUCACAUUCUCAGGAAGUGGCCAAAGUAUUGGAGCCUCAGCUUCAGGAUCUGUCCUUCCAAUGAGCACUCAGGGCUGAUUUCCUUAUGAAUGGAUAGGUUUGAUCUUCUUGUAGUCCAUGGGACUCUCAAGAGUCUCCUCCAGCACCAUAAUUCAAAAGCAUCAAUUCUUUGGUGAUCAGCCUUCUUUAUGGUCCAGCUCUCACUUCCAUACUGGGAAAAUCAUAGCUUUAACUAUACGACCUUUGUUGGCAAGGUGAUGUCUCUGCUUUUUAAGAUGCUGUCUAGGUUUGUCAUUGCUUUUCUUCAGAUAUGGUAAAGCUCUCUUAAUUCUUUAUUAAUUUCUAGAUUGCAUUAUUCCAUUGGCUUCAUUGGGAAUUGAGGGAAUCCCUGCAAAACUCAGGGCAUUUAGUGCAGCUAUGAGUAAUAAUGGGCAAGGCUCUUUGCUCUCCUGAGUGAAAUCUUAUGAGGAGUGUAGCAGUCUCUGGUGGAAAAUUUCAGUUCCUGAAAAUCGCUAGAGACACAUAGGCAUUUGCUGUGAGACAAAAAUCUCACACACAAACUUCUUGAAUCCUUCUUUACCAUUUGUGCAUUUGAGGCUUGGUACAGACCAUUUUUGUCUCCUUGCGGUUGCCCACAGGAGAGCGUGAGGCUGGGCUUGGAAAUCCGAUGGUCAGCACAAGGCAGUGCCAAACUGGCUCCACCAUGAAGGGGUGGAAGUUUAGGUGACGCUGGUGGUCCUUUGCCAGUCUGCUGGGAUGGUGUAAAUUGCAGCAGCUCCACAAUAUGGCACUCAUUUCUCUGCUGCUUUGCCAUACGCACCGCAAGCAAUUUGAGAUCUCAGGCUGAUCUUCUGGCUUCUCAAAUGCUGCUUUGUACUCCAAUGCUGGAUGGUGCCCAAAGCCAGCAUUCAGACUUCUGACCUUGAAAAAAGAAAAGAAUUGCUGAGUAAAUAUAAUACAUUCCCCUUUGAAUGUGCAGAUGAAAUGCAUGCAUACUAAUUUGCAUAAACAAUUUCAGGCGCUUUAGUAUAGGAUCUCCUGUAUCUACCCUUUUGGUACCAUGUAGACACCACUCCCAGAUUAGUUUGGUUGGUACUGAUGUGCCGAAGGACGAGUGUGGAGCUACUCUCCCUUCUUCAGUGAUAUCUUCCUUGGAUGAGGAGGAAUCGCUAAUCUACAGGAAAACUGGGUAGGAAAUUCUACUGAAAGUUCCUGAGUCUAUGGAUAGAGAAGUGCUUAGACAGCUUGAAAGAAAAAUAAAAGAAGGUGAGAGUGCAGACAUUUCAUCAUCUUGCAUUUGCCUCACACCAGUGGAUUACUGUUUAGAAGAAACAGGGUGGAGAGAAAACUUCCAGCUGCUGCUGAAAUGGAAUAUAAUUUAUAGGGGACAGUCCGUUCCUGAUUUUUCUUUGGCACGUUAUGUAGCUCCGUAACUUCCCAGUUCCCUGUGUUAGUGUUGCCCAAAGUGUAGGUAGGCUUAGAGUGAUCUCUAGUUGUGCUCGCCCUGCUGUGUCACUACUGUACUCUCCACUGAAGUGGUGAUUCAGAAUUAAAGCUGAUUUUUAUUGCCACUAGGCGAUCCGGUUGUUAUUCUGUACACCUGAGGGAUUGGUGUUGGAAGGAAAGCAAAAUACAUUUUAAGAUUUUGAAUUGUGUUGGCUUUUCAGUCUUUUUAUGAAAUUCAGUAUCCCCCCUCAAACCUUUGUAAAGAAAUUGGGAACAGGGCUGGGCGAUAUUAGGUUUUCAACACUGGGGUGUAUCACCAGCCAAACAUCAUGCUUUGCCGAUAUGCCGUGAUGUUGAAAAAAGAUGCAUUGUUCCCAGUGCUUUGCUGGUCAGGGCCAAAGCAGCUGAACCAGGUCCACUCAGCUGGGGGGUAGGAGGGCUCCUGCCCCACAGCUGAGCGAGCCCAUCCUGUGAUAGAGCCUGAGAGACUCCGAUUGCAGGACUUCUUCCGCCUUUACUAGCAUGGGCGGGUUGGUGGGCAAGCAACCUCCUUCUCUCGGGAGAAAGAGGCAUCUCUCUCUCUCUCUCUCUCUCUCUCUCUCUCUCUCUCUCCCUCUGCGCUGGCAUGAGGGGCAGACUGUGAUGGUGGUUUUACUCAGCAGGAUAUCUGCUUCUAUUGCCCAGCUGCAGCUCUUUCUCCCUCAGCAUACUGGGCCCUGGAGGGACUCAGGAGUGGUGGCGGUUUCACUGAGUUAAACCAUUAUUGGGGUCUGCCCCUCAUACCAGUCCUGGGUGAUAUAUUGAUAUAUCACCCAGGCCUAAGACUGAUACUGAGAGUAAUUAUAGCAUGAAAGAACCAAUGUUAAAAAACACAUACACACAAACAAGAGUGUUGGGUGAACAGAAGCCCCUUCACAUGCAACUGGCUCCGUGAGGAAAAGGGGCUGUAGGGGGGUGCCACUGGCUGCAGCCCAUUUGUUGCACCACUUCCUCAGUCCACACGCUGAGUUGAGGGGGGAUCCUCUGCAUGGACUUCCACACGAGUUGACCUCCGGUGAUAUUGUGAGUGUCUUUCCCUUUUGUAGAUGUCCAUUCUCAGCCCUUGGAUGUUGAGGGCAGGGAAGCUGUGCAGCAUCGGUGGGUAGGGUUUAAAUGCCUGAAUCACUUUCCUCUAAAGAUGAAAUACGGUCGAUUCACAGCUCUGCAUUAGGGUGUCAGCUGUUAGCAUUUCAGUCAAUCGAAUGAAACAGGGUUCUAUUACAGUAUGCAUGAAGGAGAUUAUAAGGCUGGUGAGGAUGCAAGUGAUGCAUACAGCUAUUUUGCACCCAUAAAACUAGCUUUUCUUUAAUAUUCAGGUCAAAGGUCUCUAUGGGUAUGUGCAAGGCCAUAGUCUGGAUUUGCAGUUGUUUCUAUUUCUUUUCUUUAGCCUGCUUGGUUUUUAAACAAAGACUAAGGAUUGAAGCAAGAGAGAAAGCACAUUGGUCCCAAAUAUAAUACUCGUUAUAUUUAGUAGUAGUACUUUGCUGCCUGAUGUUUAAUAGCCUUGUAGAAGAAACAGCAGGAUAGUGGUCAGAGACUUGAUUAAGGGGUCUUAGAGAAUGAGCCCUUUAUAGAAAUUGCAUAUUGUCUAGAUUUUAUUUCUCGCAUCAGAAGCUCAGUGCCAAAAAAAAAUGCAAGCUUGUGGAUCAGGGAGUAUUUUAACCUGAUUGUGUAAACCUAUAGUUUUCUGUAUUUAUGUGAAAAUUGGUUAAUUCUCUGUAGGUGACUUUGCUGUGCUUUGGAAAAACUUGUGCAACUUGUUUCACAAUAGAGUACCAUUAAUCGGGUGAGAGCUCAGUAGCCUGUAUUUGUUCAAAGUAAUCAAUAGCACAAAUAUUGUACUUGUAUCUUAAAACAGACCAGUGUAUAGUUGAUGGGGUCACCUAUGAUGUAAACCAGACCUUCCACAAACGCCAUGAGGAAGGACACAUGUUGAACUGUACAUGCUUUGGUCAAGGUCGGGGAAGAUGGAAAUGUGAUCCUGUGGGUAAGUCCAUUCUCAACUGAACUUCCUGAAUAUCGAGAGCCAGAGAGAGGGGGAAGGAGAAGCACUUAAUGAACAGUAAGGCUUUUGCCAAACCCCAGUUUGAUAGCAGGUAUUAUAAUAAAUGAGUGAAGCUAUGUUUGAUGUUAAAAGUCAGAUCAUGCCAUCUUUUAAAGGCUGCAUUCUCUGUAAAACUAUUACAAAAAUCUGUUACCAAAUACUGCCUACCUAAAACUUUGCUAAUGUAACUAGUAUAUACCACCUCUUCACAGCAUUUGAAUGUAGGUUGCUUAUAAGCCUGUAGUAUACGCAAAUCUCCCUGCUUGCCCAUGAAUUGGGGCCAUAGCAUUUAAUUUUCAAGGAUGCAAAUUGGAAUAAUUUUUAAAACUACUCCCAUGAACGUUUUGAGAUGACUUUGGUUUCUCUUUGACCCGAUCCACCCUCUUACUCACCUUUCUCCAAACUAGAAAGCCCCAAAAUAGCAUAGCCUCUCCUCAUAUGGGAACACAGUUUGAAACUUUCACCAUGAAGUUUUUCUAGUCUCUUGAACCAAAAGCUUCAAAGCCAGUUCUAGCAAAUAUUAUCUUACCUGAGGCUAAGCCUGUUUUACUUGGCUGACUGUACUCUGCUAGGACUAAUGAAGAUUUGAAUUGUGUGAACAGCACUCUUGAACCUGGUCAUAGCUAAGACUAUUUCUAAGAAUGAACACAUGGCUGUUUUCUGACCAAAAAAACAUUCCUAAUUUUGUUUGCAUGUUUAGGCCUGGGUGUUUGAUAGCUGAUUAUUUAAUCCCUGGGGAGCUUUAAUGUUUUUCCUGGCAAGCAUUUAUAAGGUCCUAGUGGUUAAGUUCUUCAUUUAAAAUAGAUCUGUGCAGGUUUACUGAACCACAUUCUGCAGCUUAGUAAAUGUGAGGCUGUUGCAAAUGGCUCCUUGGGGGAAAGGGAGUUUUGUUUGAAAAUGAGUUAGAAAGUUCUGUAAAAUGGGUUGUUUCCAUCUUUGCCAUGCAUUUUUUGGGGAAAAUUGCUGCAGUUAGCACCUAGUAAAACUUAUUAAUAAAGCUCCCAUCUGCAAUGCACUAAGAUAAAUGUGAAGCAACAUGAUUAAGGCUCAUUUAAGUAUUCUGGAAUUUCAGAAUCUACUUUCCACUUAAAACUCUGCUCCUAAUAGUAUAGUUUAGAAUUACAGGGACAGUGAAUAAGAGAAUACAAAGAUCUAAAUAUUGAAAUGGCAUGAUUCUACACCCCUAAAAUACAUUGAAAUUUUGCUAUUUCAUGUUAUCAGCAGAAGCAGAACUGAAUUUAAAAGAAAGCAAAUUUUGGCCAUUGGUGGAGAUACAAAUGGGAUGUAUAUUUGUCACAUACCCCAAAAGCACUAUUUGCUGUUUUCACAUUUUCAUAAUAGAAUCCUAGAGAAAUACGAGUAAAUCUGCUCCCACCGAAACGAUUCCCUUCUACACAAUUAUUUAUGGCACAUGUGUCCUACUUAUCAGACAUUACAUCAGAAAGCCACAGACUCCUUGACUAAAUCCUUUCCUCUCAGCUUUAGUUUUCAGUCUGCAUGAUAGAAUUAAUAAUGGUAAGUUGUGUGAUAGUUGUGUUGAAGGGUUCUCUGCUGUAGUCUUUCUAUCUGGCCUUGGGCAUAUGACUUUCCCUUAAUAGGUGGGAAGGAGCAAGGUUUUGAAUGGAAUUCAUUCCAUUCAGGCACAGGAACCUGCUGGUGAUAAGGUUCCAACCCUGGGCCAGUGACUCAAGUGAGAAAUGGAUCCUGAUGGGUUGCCCCUCUAAAAGACAUGCCAUGUUUUGUUUUGUUAGUUUUAUGUGUUAGUGUUUUGUAGUGUUUUUGUAUUGUAUUGUAUUGUUGUAUUUUUUUUUGUUUUGUUUUUUUGUAGUGUUGUGUUUAAACUGUUGGAAAAUUAAUAAAUAUUAUUUAAAAAAUAAAAAUAAAAGACAUGCCAAGGCUAUGCUAUUUGCAACAGAAGGGGAAGCCCCAGCUGGGCCCACUUUGAAUCCCCACUUCUUGUGAAGAGCACAGGCAAGUUGGGGGGGGGGAAAUAUGGGAAUUUCAAAGGGCCAUAUGGAAAUGUGGAAACAGGAGUGUCGAGUCUGUAAGCCUGAAGAACCCCACACUUGAAAUUUCUGUGAAAUAACCACACAUUCCCCACUUGGUUUUCUGCUUCCAGACCAGUGCCAAGAUUCUGAAAGCCAGACCUUUUACCAGAUUGGGGAUUCGUGGGAGAAGCACGUUCAUGGUGUCAGAUAUCAGUGCUACUGUUAUGGCCGUGGCAUUGGAGAGUGGCACUGCCAGCCUUUGACUGCAUACACAGGUAAGAAGCUUUGGGAUGAACAACCGGUUGUUGUUUUUUUAAAGGAUCCAGUAUGUAUCCUUUGAGCAUGUUUUCUUGUUUUCAGUGAUUCCAUGUGAGCAGAACUUUGCAUAAGACCCUUUUCUCUUGCAGAGAAUCCUGUUUCCUAAGAAUCUUAUCUUUUAUGGUUUUGAUCACAUUUUUAAUGUAAGAGAGAGAAGUUAGAAAGUAUUCAGGUCCCAAACAUGUGUCCCAUGAAUUACAAGAAUCAAACCUGCAUGUCUUUAAUGUUAUUUCCAUUGAAUUGUACAUUUGGGUCUCUAUACUAUUCACACUGUGAUUUUUAAAUUAUUAUCAUUUUAGCAUCCUUCCAGCUGCCUCUUCACCAUAUUGAUUUUCAGGGCAAUGGUUACUCUUUACUUGCACACACCUUUCCUUCUUUUAGCUGUCCAGACAAUUUUUUUUUUAAUGGAUUUUGAAGCUCACUGUUAGAUACUUUUUUUUCUCCUGGUGGGGCUGCUUCUUUGCUUCUAACAGCUUCGUGGCAAGGAUGAUAGCUUUUAGUACCUGGCAUGACCAGCUCUCUGAACAAAAUGUUUGAACUGUCCUGAUCAUCCAGUUCCAGGAAUUUUGCAUAGAUGUGGUUGAUACGAGUUUGUUUGUUCAGCUUCAGCCUUAUGCGCAUACAUUGAUAAGAGAGGCUGCUGAGUUGACCUUUGGGCUUUCAAACCGCAUUUGCAGCUUUGUUUUUACUAGCUUUUAAAUUUAUGGAUGAGCAUCACAGUGCCUAGUGGUAGGUGGUGGCCUAGUUAUCCCAUAAAAUAAAUAACUUGUGAGUAAGCAGGAGUUUAUUGCUUCCGCAUAUUGAUUCUGGGAUUAUAGCCCUGGAAUUGCAAGACUUGCUUUGGGAAGUGUGUCUUUUUACUUCCCAAUUUUUUGCUGAUAUAGGAUUAGACAGGGUUUGAGGUUGGACUGGAUCUCUGUCUGAAGACUUGUGUGCAACUCAAGCAUAGUUGCCUAUCCUACACCAUUGAAGAUCAAGGAACAAAAGACACCUCUGUUCCAGGCUGAGUCAGUGAUGAAUAUACAGUAUUUUGUUAGGGAGAGACCUAGACAGUCUUGCUGUCUUGCUUUGCUGUGGGUCAGUGAACUUGGCUGCAGGAUUAUAUGGCCAGAAAGUUCUAAAAGGUAGUUAAAUCCUAUCACUGCAAGGCAGGGUUAUCCAUUCAUCAUGUGCUUAUCAUGUGCUGACCCAAACCAUCCAGAGCUAGUAUGUGCUCGAAGUGGAAGGUAAGAUGUUGUCUACUAAGUGGAUGGCUCCCUUCCUUAAGCAAUGUGGGGAAAAACAUUCCCAGCUCAACAUUCUUUGAGGGGCAGUAAUAGAUGGAAAAUUAAGGACCUUUUUUCCACCUUGCCUUCCUUCCUUAAUAGUCCAUUACAAUUUUGGAAUGGUUUAUAGUCAUUCUUCUGAGAUAAUAGUCCAUAAUUUUGUUGGAGCUUCUAAUUUGUUUAUUCAAGGGAAUGUCCAAGAGGUUGAAGAAGGAAGUACAUUUUGUUCUCUGGUAUACACAUAACUUGCACCAGCUGAGAAUGGCAUAGUAACACAAACUUUUCUUGGGAAAAGUAAGUAGUAAUCAGGAAAGAACUGGGUUCCAUUUUUAUGAAUUUUGGAGUAGAAAGUGGCAUACAUUUAAACAUGUAUGCACUAUGUUCCACCUGUUGCAAAAUAUGUAUGUUUUGUACUGAGAUGGGAACAGUAAAUGUUGAAUGAGAUGCAGCCCAGACCAAUUUCACAGCCCCACUCAAGAUUAUCUACUUGUUGAGUUAAUAUCCUGCUUUUCCAUUGGCAUGUUCAAGGCAGUUAACAAUGUUGUACAAAACAAUUCCUAUAACUGUUCACAUGGAAGAUGGUUCCCACAGGAAGCUGGAGAACUGGAUUUGACUCUUCCCAUGACUGCUGCCAGUUAACGUUCUUUGAGGGGCAGUAGUAGAUGGAAAAUUAAGGACUGAUUUUCUUAGAUUAGGCCUUCUUUGUGACAAAGUAUACUUUGUGGGAUUCACAGUUCACCAGAGGAACAAUAAUGUUGACUCUGGAGGGUCAGCAUGCAUUCAGGGCUGAAGCAGCCUGGGAUUCCUUGUUCCUGUAGGCAGUGUUCUAUUACCUCAGGAUAACAAUUCUGAGAUAGCACCCCUGAAAAAAGCAAGACUUAUUUUGGGGCUGGUUGAGCAGUGAGACUCAGGACAUAGAACAUGAGGUGGAGUGUGGCCUGCACGAGUCUCACUACUCCAAAGUGAUAGUAUUCUGUUGAGAGAAAUAGUACAUCUUGAGGCAUGUGAAAUGAAAACACAAGUCCUCAGGUUCCUCUGGUUGGCUUUUGCAGUUAUAAUUGAGUCCCGGUAUUCUUGUGCGACUGUUACAACAACCCAUCUCAAGGAGUUAUGUGGAAUAUGUGUACCCUCAGAAUAGUAGCCAAGGCCUCUUCUUAGAUACAAGAUGGAUGGAAAAUGUGGGGGUAAAUCAAACAACCGAGUUCCUGAGUAUCUCUUUGGCAGUUGAGACCAUUUCAAAGCUAGCCCCAGCAUGGGAGGGGGCUUGUUUUUAUUGAAGCUUUUAAAAGUUUCCACAGGUAUGUAUGCUGUACAGUUGUCCAAACAAGUUUGCAAAGGGAAACUUCUUUAAAAGGAAGAAUUUAAUUGCUAAAAUAACAGAGGGUUCCACAGAGCCAGACAGUUCCUUGCUGAUGUGCUGUGGGGAUUUAAGUCUUGCUCACUAAACACCAUAUACUCAUUCAGAAGCUGUACUGAAUCAGCAUUUAACUGGAAAUUUGAUGCAGGUGGUACAAAACAAACAAACUGAAGGUUAAAAUGAGUUGAGCAUCAAUAAAAUGAAAAACAGGGGCUGUGAAUUUAAUAACUUUUUAUGCUUGUGGGUGACCUGGCAAAUCACUAACUCUCAGCCUGACCUACUCACCUGGUUGUUAUGAGCAUAAAAGAGGGAAAAGGGGAACCAAUAAGUUCUGAGUGUGAGUUGAUUUGGAAAUGAAUGCAAUACAUUUGGAAAGCCCUUGCAUGUGUAAUGAAGCAGCCAUAUCACACUCCUUUUGUGAUGUGCCAACAUCACAAAAAUUUGUAUAUAUUACCUGCUUCCACAUUUCAUUUCCUGGUGAAUCUCACCAUAAGAAUAUUGUACUUUUCCAUGUAUAGAUUUUUUUUUUUACUCCAAAAGAAUGUUAAAAAACAGGGUUCAUCUUAUACACGGGGGUCAUCUUCCCCCAUUUUCAUAAAUUUAAGUCCCCCAAAAUAGGGGUCGUGUUAUACACGGACAAAUCCGGUAACUCUUGAAGAUUGUGUUGUGUUUUGCCAAAAAGAAAAAAAAAGUUGAACACAAUCCUUAUAUUAUUGUACAAUGUAGGUGGGUUAUGAUUAUUGGAGGCAAGAGGGAAAUACGAAAAUAAAUUUACUUGAAAAAGAUGCAUAGAUGUAAGUAAACUAAUGGAAAAAAAUUAUAUUUUAGGUUCUACUGGCCCUGUCCAAGUUAUUAUCACAGAUGUCCCAAUUAAUCCUGAUUCUCAUCCUGUUCAGUGGGUUGCACCUGAAUCCUCUCACAUUUCCAAGUACAUCAUCCGAUGGAAACCAGUAAGCACAUGUUUCAUUUGUGGAACAACUUUUUCUUAGUCCCAAGAAUCUAGAAGUCUUGCAAGCAGAUGAAAAUUUGUUAUUACAAUCUACCAUGGCAAUACAAUAGAAGUAAUUUUUACUCUUAAGGCUUAAUUCAGUACUUAACAAUCUAUAUAUUCUGUAAGUGUGCCGAGGUUGGUGGCCUAGCCUACACGAAGAGGAUGAGAUGGGUUAAAAUACCCAUCCUCAAUUUUGCAGCUGGAUUUUGCCUGGAGGACUGGGGGCACUGGUGAAAAUGUGCAUGGUAGACAGGGGAGCCUUUUCCAUUGCUGUGAUCACUGGGCUGAUGCUUCCUAAGCAGAAGUCAGUAAAAAUGGCAGUGACGUCAUUGCCAUUGUUACAGGAAUAUGUUCCUGUUCGUCAUUUCAAGCAAAGGCAAGAGAUGCGGCUAAAUCUGAUUGGCUGAGUGGUACUGUGCCAUCACAUCCACCCAAUGACCCAUAAUUAGUCUGGGUUGUAUAGCGAAGAAGGAACCUUUUUUGAGAUGAACAGAAUGGUGUCAAAGUAGCUGCCAAGGGAGGCAGGGAUUAGGUCUUGGAAACAAGAAAGUGUCCCAAAUAUUAUGUAUUUGGCAAUGAGUGGCUCAGUUGGGGGAGCUGGGGUAGAGCCACCAGCUUCAUGGGGUCAGAUGGAAGUCUAGUGGUUCCUUGCUUCACCUCACUCCUGCUGCAAAAGCAAACAUGCAGCAGUUAAUGGAUGUGUUGCACGUCAGGCCUCCAAGGGGUUACAUAGAGGCACUUCAAAAGAUCCAGCCUUCUAAUGAAAGAGAUUGCUAAAGACUCUUUGGGGACCAAUGAAGAAGAGAGCAUGUGCUCCUGCACAUUUAAUAGUUGCACUGAAGAGAGUUUUGGCAGGUGUUGCUUGUCACACAAGCUAAAACUACGCAAUUUCCUCUCCUACAAACAAACUGCAGGAGCCUUGCGUACAUUUUUCUCUGGCCAAUUUAGGGACUGAAUAUGCACCAUGAGGAAAAGAAUAUGCCAUAUAUGAACUACUAGGAUCUGUUUGGUUUGGUUUUUUGUUUAGUUGGUUUACAUUCCUCCUUUUCACCAAAGUCUUUGGACCGGCUCCCAUGACAUGUGUGAACUGCAGUGGAUAUAUCACAAACCAUGCAUUCAAAAUGGUAUCUGUGCCACUUGCUCUUCAAAAUAUGGAUUGGUCCAUGAGAUAAGUGUUGAAAGAAGCUUUUGUUCUGCAUUCCUUUAAGCAGCACCUGUUCCUUCCAUAUCAUUGUCCCAUAAAGGAAAUGCAGAUGAUAUUUAUAAAUGGAAGCAAAUGAGAAUCUUCCUCAUAAUGAAGGAAACACACGGACUUCUUCUGUUGCCAUAUUCCUGUUCUAAUAUCCUCUGUGUUUUGCUCCUUUAGAAAAAUUCUAGAGUGAAGUGGAAAGAGGCCACCAUCCCAGGCUAUUAUAAUUCUUACACUAUCUCAGGCCUGAAACCUGGUAUCGUUUAUGAGGGACAGCUUAUUAGUGUUCAGCACUAUGGCCAGAGAGAGGUCACCCGUUUUGAAUUUACCACCUCUAGCACCACAGCUAUUUCAAGUAAGUAUUAUUUCAUUCUCUCCCAAGAUAGACAGAUGCUUAACCUCCAGGUACAGGGCAGUAUACAAAUUCAAUAAAUAAUAAUAAUAAUUAAUAAUAAUAAUAAUAAUAGCAUUUGUUUUGCAUUGCUGGUAGUAUUCGCUUUAAUGUAUAUCAGUCUUGAAACAGUCUUGAAACUUCUGAUAGUUGCUGUGUUGCUAGCACAUAGCCAGCCUUAGUUCUACAGUAUUGUUUGCCAUAAUAUUUCCUAUACCAACAGUAAUGGCAUAGAACGGUAUCCAGUAGCCUCACAUUUCACUUUGUUUCUGUGCAUUUUUGAAAAAUACCAGUCUGCUUCCCUGCCACUCUGUGCUUUCUCUGCUUUGAUCUAGGGCUGGGCGAUAUCUGGUUUUCAACAUUGUGACACAUAUCCCUGGUAUAACAUUGUGAUAUACUGAUAUAUCACUCUGUGUGUGUGUGUGUGUGUGUGUGUGUGUGUGUGCCUGCCCAGCCCUACUUUGAUCUGUUUCAGGUUCUGAGACCCUCCGUAUAAAACAAACCUCUGUGUUCGCCAUUCACUAUGAUGGGGAAUCUAAAAAUGGCUAUAAAGUUUUCACCUUUUUGCUAACGUGGAUGAGAUUCAUAGGCACACAAGCUUCUCCACAAUGGAUUAAACCUGCCAAAUUGCAAACAAGCAAAUGCAGAACUUUUUUGUGGGUGAAGUCAAAGCGGUUCACUUUUCACCGUAAUAUCUUAUGUGGAGGGGUGCAGGGGGUAUUUGUUUCCCUGGUCUUUCUUACCUUAAAGUAAGAGGUCGCCAAGUGGUAUGCAUAUUUGCUUGUACAUCUUAAAAUCUAUAGCUUCCCUUUGGUCUUCCCUUUCGAGUGCAUGUCUGUGUCUUCCGUUGGCCUUACAAUGUGAGGCUGCCUAGAAUGCUGCCUAUGGACUUCUCAAGAGCUCUGGGGUUUUGCAGUUUUUUGCUAAAAGAACUAUGUAGGAUUUAUAAAUGAAGCUUUAAUCUUUUUUUUUUUAUUAAAAAAAUAAUUACUGCUGUGCUUUAACAACGACAACACCCAACACCAACCCAGAGGUCUUGAGUGUUCUGCUGUCAGGGAGCCAGCCAAGAACACCCCACCCCAAGUUGCAAGGGGUUAUUGAUGUCAUGGUUUCAUUCAGGGGGGGAGAAAUACCCCCAAAUCACUCCAUUGUUCAGCCCUUUUGCUAUCAGUUUUAACUCACAAUUAACAAAAAUAAAAAAGUAUUAAAAGUCUGUAUUUAAACAUACUUUUGCAUAAAAUCAAAGCCUAUGUAAGGCAAUAGCUCUUGAUUUCUCCUGUUUUUCCUUCCAUGAAACUAUUGCUUAUAUAUUAAUUUUGCUUUGCAGGUACUCAUGUGAUAGGAGAAACAACAGCACUUCCUUCUGUGGUUUCUAUCUCGGAAUCCAUCACAGAAAUUACAGCCAAUAGUUUUGUGGUUUCCUGGGUUUCUGCUUCAGACACUGUCUCAGGAUUCCGCGUGGAAUAUGAACUGAGUGAAGAUGGGGAUGAGCCCAAGUACUUGGGUAAGAUUGGAUGAGCAUCAGUCGCAGAUGACAUAAAUAGGGUUAAUUUCAUUUCAGCCUAUAAAGCUUAUCUAGUAUGGUUGUCCUCAUAGCCAUGUCUACUCAAAAGUAAGUCCCUUUGAAUUCCCAGCUAUGUUAAGGAUUGCUGCCUAACUUUUGUUCUGCUAUUGAAAAUAUAAGUCUCAUAAUUAUAGAUAUAUGAAUUAUUUAGAAUUUUCUGAAACUGCAUACAAUUGUGUAUGGAGGCUUCAUUCAUACCUCUUAAUUUCUUGCCAAGUGAGUUUCACUUCAGUUUUCUGGAGUUUUCAGAAGUGCCCAGGGCAGUCCAAUCUGAUACAUGUUUUCUUCAAAAGAAUUCCUGCUGAAUUCACUGGGGUUUACACCAAAGCAUGGCAUUGUAGCACUAGAAUCCUGGUUGGUUGGUUGGUUGGUUGGUUGGUUGCACAUAAUAAACAUUCCCUGUUUUUCAUUUGUUCUUUUUAAAGAUCUUCCAAGCACAGCCCAUUCAGUUAGUAUCUCCAACUUACUUCCGGGUCGCAAUUACAUCGUCAAGGUCUAUGAGCUCUCAGAAGAGGGAGAGCAGGAUUUAAUUCUGUCCACCACACAGACAACGGGUAUGUUGGAUCACACAAUAUUUGGCAAGGAAAGACACCAGGCCACCAUAUUUUCCCUUUGAAGCUGGUCGUUUCCUUUUUGUGCCAUUAGACUUUCAUAUUUCUCUCUCUCCUUAAACAGCACCUGAUGCUCCUCCUGAGCACCAUGUAGAAAAGGUUGAUGACACUUCAAUAGUCGUGAGCUGGAACAGACCAGAAGCUCCAAUCACAGGUCUGGCUCAUUUACUUGUCUUGGUUUUUAAAUUUUGGUGCAUUUUGUUUUUCUUCAGUUGUAAGAGAGGCAAACGCAUGGCAAUAUAGCCGAGGACUAAACUCUUUAUACACCAAAAAGUAUAUAUUUCAGGCAUGCAGGAGGUGACUAUCAAUCCUGCUGCCUGUCUAAUAAAAACAGAGGGCUCUGAAGUAUUGUGAUUCAUAAUGUUAUAGUCCUCCUAAAUUUUAAUUUAUGCAGGCUCACUAGUCCUCAGUUUCUGAAAUGUGCAGGAUCAAAUAAAGGCUUGAAUAAUAACGGUGGCUAAUUCAACAUAGGGGUGAGCAGAUGUCUCCCAUUUGGUUUUGUUUCUGUGCCAUGGGCUAACCAUGCAUUUCUGGCUACCUUAGGGUACCGAAUUGUCUAUACUCCAUCUGUGGAAGGCAGCAGUACAGAACUCAACCUACCAGAGUCUGCUACCUCGGUGACGCUCAGUGACUUGAUGCCUGGUGUUCAAUACAAUAUUAGCAUCUAUGCUGUGGAAGAGAAUCAGGAGAGCUCUCCUAUUUUCAUUCAGAAGACGACCACAGGAGCACCACAGGAAGGUAGUGCCUACUAUAUUUCCACUGCUCUUCCCUAUGUCCCUCCAAAGCUAUACCACCCUCCAAAUGUGAAAGAGAAACUGGACUUCCUGGAUUCAUCCAACUCCACCAGAAGCUGAUUGGUUUUCUUGAGUGACACAAUGGGAAGGACUUUUGAGGGACAUUGGAAAAGGGAACAUCAAUUCCUCUGUGAUAUGGUAGUGGGAUGUAAUGGGCAUUCUUUUUACUUAGUUUUGGUUACAUUUAAACCAUUCCCACCUGGCAGCUACUUUCAAAAUGUGGCAGCGUGAAAAGGGCAGUUGUAAUAUGGGGUCCAGGUUAGCCCCCCCCUGUCAUUGCGGUCACUUUGCAGUUCAGUAAGGGGUGUGCUUUGUGCAUCUUUCUGGCUAGGUGUGGUUCCUUCACCCAAGGAUUUGCAGUUUGUGGAAGUCACAGAUGUCAAAGUCACCAUCAUGUGGACCCCCCCUGAAAGUGCUGUGACCGGCUAUCGCGUAGAAGUGAUCCCAGUUAACCGCCCUGGUGAACAUGGUCAGAGGCUGCCCGUUACUAGGUAUUCGUUUGCUGAGGUCACAGAGCUUCUGCCUGGAACAACCUAUGUUUUCAAGGUCUAUGCCCUCGGACAAGGCACAGAAAGUGAGCCACUGACGGGAGAACAAACAACCAGUAAGUAAAUUUUCUUUAACUAUGUUUAUAUAUUUGUUCCAACCUCAUCCUGCCAGAAAUCUCAAUAUUUCACAAAUAUUUAUUUACAAUUAGAAAUGUGGAUGUUAGUGGCCAGGAUAGUUCAGCAAGAGAAUUUCUUUAUCAAAAGCUACUUUUCUGGUUCAGGAGUUCCUUCCAACUGAACUUCAGACUUCCUUUUUUUUUUUUUUUUGAGAUCAUGAGUUGGUGGUGGAGACUGUUGAAUUAAAUAUUGUGCACAUGCAUAGGCACUCACACCUAACCUUCAGUGAAGGAUUCUUGGUCACAGCCACUGUCUUUGUAAAACUCAAAACACGUCUUAAUGCAGAAUGUCCGCAUGAUCUUGUCAGGGUAAAGCAAAAUAGCAAUCUACUGUGCUGUCAUUGUGAUACAGUUUUAAAAUUGUGUAUUUUGAGGGCAGUGAUGGACCAGAUCCCAAAUGUAGUAGUGCUGAGUACAGCUAUUCUUAAUAGGCAUGAGCUGGUAACAGGUGUUUGCAACUGUGCUUUCCAUUCAUUAUGAUCAUGACCAGAAUGGCUUCAUCUAAACCACAGUUUGAAAAACAUUCACAUAAAUCCUGUGCUAUAAUUGAAAUCUAUGGGAAAAGAGAACAGACGAGAUUUCCCAAUGAAACCCCCCCCCCCCAGUCCUUCAAGAUAACUAGUCCUUCAGACCAAUUGAAUACUUGCUUAUGAAAUCUAUGGAUCUUUCCUUUUCAUCUGUACAACAAAUAUAUAUAAUCACAAUUUAUUUUAAACGUUUUGGAAACAUACAAGUAUUGCCUCUUUGCUAUGCAAUGAAGGGAUAGAACUGUAGAUUUUGUGAUCAUGGUUGUUAAUUGCUGUAACUAAAGACAUUCUGCAUGUGGGGAACAGUACAAUAGUUGGCACAGUAUGUGUUUAUGUAAGAAACAAACCCAAGGAAGGAAGAUUAGGUACCUGCGCUCCUUUAAAAUACCUCUAAAUAUCCAGGUGCCAACUUGGAUAAGAGCCCAGAUUCCAGUGGUUCAUAAGAAGAGACUGCUGGAUCAGGCCAAUGGCAUCCAGUUCUUACAGAGGCCAACCAGAUGCCUAUGGGAAAGCAGGGAGCAGGAUUGGAGCAGGAGAGCACCAUCCCAUCCAGUGGUCCUCAGCAACUGGUAUUCUAAAGCAUUACUGCUGCCAGCGUGGCUAGCAGUCCUCAAGAGCCCCACCCCCCAUGAAUUUGUCUAAUCCUCUUUUAAAGCCACCUAGAUUGGUGGCCAUCACUGCCUCCUCUGGGAGCAAGUUCCACCGUGUGAAGAAGCACUUUCUUUUAUCUGUUCUGAUCUUAACUUUUGGCAUAAGAUGUGAGGUCGCUGUUAUGAAAUAAAUACUGACUAGUGGUAGCAGUAGCAACUGUUGUGUGAAGCCCUGCUCUAUAUGUUUAGGCAGGGAGGAGGGAAGAACAAUGGCUUCCUAAGAAGAUGUAAAAUGAUUGUUUGGCUUUCUCUUCUAGGACUGGAUGGCCCAACUAACCUGCGAUUUGUCAAUGAGACGGACUCUACUGUGCUGGUGACCUGGAGGCCCCCUCGUAGCCGCAUUGCAGGAUACCGGCUUACUGUGAGCCUCACAACAGGAGGGCAACCCAAAGAGUUCACCGUGGGGCCAUCAGUCACCAGAUACCAGCUGAGGAACCUGCAGCCUGCCUCUGAGUACACUGUGUCCCUAGUGGCUAUCAAAGGAGACCAGCAAAGCAACCCGGAAACAGGAAUCUUCACAACUUGUAAGCAAGAAGCAGCUUUGGAUAUUGUUUCAGUUAUCCUGAUAUUUCCCAGGCUUAUGAUGAGGUUGUGUCUAAAAAAAGAGAGAGGAAAAUUUAUUAGUAUAGAACAUGAAGCUGUGUGAGGUUACACGUAGUAAGGUUUGUAGUUGUGUGUGCUGAGAUACCUGCUGUCAUCAGUGGAGUAUAAAAAUAAUAAAUCUGCCAGCUCCUCCCUGUGCCCUAAUACUACCAGAUCACCUUCCAUUAGCAUUGGAAAUUGCCGCCCAUUUUUUACUCCUUUACUCCAGUCUUCCAUUGGAACCUCCUUAAGAGCAAUAGCUAAGGUGGCCAGUACAAAAGGCAAAGGAGUGGGUCAGGGUCCCUUUCGUUCCUUGGUAUUUUGAGCAUAGCUUCUGCCUAACACGUUUUGGGAAUUACUUACCUGUUAGUUGAAGAGAGAGUUCUAAGCUUUGGUUUCAUAUCAUAGCCUGUAGUAAUCUGAUGACCACAGCGCUUCAAGAUCAACCUUGCUGGAUACAUAUUGCCACCUUGCGUGGUGAAAUGCAGAUUUCUACCACAAGAUCCAAAAGCCAUCUUGAAGUGCAAGAAUCAUGUGAAUUGCCUGACUCUACUGUGAUAGACAGAAUUAAUGGUUGGAUGGCCAUCUGUCAUGGAUGAUGUGAUCCAGCCAUCUGAGCAUUGCAGAUUGGCCAUGCAAUAGCAGCUCAUCUGGGGCUCAGUAAAUCUCCUGGUUUUGUUGCCUUCCUGGCAUUGCAAAAACAAAGCAUGGGAUUAGGUUUCUCCAUCAGCGGCUAGUGUGGUGGGUCAGAGUAGCACUGCCACCCUCCCAACGUCAGGGUGGCGGUGAUGCACUGUUGGAGCCAACUUGCAUGCCACAAUAUGUGACUUGUAGGCUGCAUUUGUUUUGGUGGGUCACAAGUUAUGUAGACCUGAGUAGACUCUGCUGGUCACCUGUAGGUGGUGUCUCUGCAAUUUGUUUUGAGAUGAGACUAAAGCUUCAGGCUGAUUCCAAAGUUGAGUUGAUCAAUGACAUAGCACAUGUACAAAAGAGCCAUAUUUGGUUCAGACUUUUAGAAUAUUUGGUUUAGAAACUUCCUGAUCUUAAAACUGCUGCCUUGGUUUUUUAUUAGCUGUCCUCUGGCUUGUAUCUGUUCCAAGUUAAAUGUGCCUGACAACCAGGAUCUAAGUUACAUAUUAAUACUCUAAUAUUGCUUCCAGUCCCCCCCCCCCCGCCCAGUAGAGUCAUUCUGGUCUACCACUACUGGAAGUGAUAGCAGGCUGUGACUCAGAUGUGGUGUGACGCUUUCACCAGAAGGAACCAGCGACAGAUUUUAGAAGUUGUCACCCUGUCAUCUGUGUGGGAGAGAUGGACACACUUGAUAUAUAGGUGUCUUUUUAAUAUAGCUUUUGAUUCCUGGGCAGCUGGCUACAUUUUUUAUACUAGCUCAUCUGGCUCACCAGACCUAACUUUGGAGCCACAUCCUAAGUCUAUUUAAUUAAGUGCAUUUGGGUGUAUACUUAAAGUUGCUACUACACAACAGCCAGUGUGUCUUGCAGACAUUCCUUCAGAGGCAGUUAAUUAGGGAUUUUUAUCCCAAAUUGGCAACAUUUUACUUGUUUACAGAGGAAGGGAAGCCGCUGUUUUGGUAGCCAUGCGGUGUUGUUUUCUCUGCUGGGUAGUACUUUGAACUCACUUUGAAGCUGAUGUAAAUAAUGAGAUCCCUCUACUUUGCAAACUAGAAGUAAUGCGCAGUGCUCAGGCCUUAUGCCGGCUGCUUCCAGCUUUGCACUCAGGAGCUGGUUUGGGGUUCAUAUGCAUUCAUACAUGUAAACGUGUUUUGUUGGAAUGAACCAUCUCCUUUGGUUAGCCCAUGACCCUGAGGACCAGGUGGCAGGAAGAAGAGUAGCCUGGUUACUAUGGCAAUGACUAAAUCUGCUUUGGCAGGCAAGAGUUGGAAUGAAAUGCAAACUCUUUAUCCUGGUACUAAAGAGUUGAGCCUGGCCUACUGAGCGCUGGGUGGGCUCAGCUUCUGGGAUGGCUGCCUCCCUGUGCUGUCACAAGAACUCUCCUCCUCAUGGGAAAGAAAGGAGGUGGUGGCAGGCAUGGUAAUAAUGGUUGCAAAACAAAGUGGGGAUAGGAAGGCCAAGGAGGAGGAAUCUCAGGACUUCUGGAAAAGCCUGCUAAAGAGCUUGUGCUGCUAUCAGGACGGGAAGACUUUGGGGGUAAAAGUCCUGGGCCCCCAUUCAGCAAAAUGAGGACAACUCUCAAACAUAUCAGACCUGGCUUCUCACAUUUUGUACACAUUCCUAUCUAAAGAGCCCACCACCACCAGACCAUCAAACCCAGAGCCUCGAAUUACUUGACUGCACCAUGAACCUGUGGAAGAGCUGAGAGAAUGCUAAACCCUCUUUCCUUCUCAUGGAGAGAUAACUGCUGGGGGCAUGGAAUAUGCUCCUAUGCCUCUCUGGUUACCCACAUAGUAUGCUUAAAGACCAUCUUUGUAGGAAUUUGGGUUCCAGCUCACAGGACUAGAGUCCAACUCUCUGGAAUUAGGCCCACAGAGUUUGUAGACUACUCUUUAUAACAGGACUAAUUUCCUGGUGAGAAUGCCCACCUCCUGCUGCAAAUUUUGGGACUGCCUCUGAAGACUCCAGUUGGUGCAGAAUUCAGUGGCCUGGCUGCUAACCGGGCAGGACGGUUCAAGCAUAUACAGUGGUACCUCGGGUUAAUAACUUAAUUUGUUCAGGACGUCCGUUCUUAACCUGAAACUGUUCUUAACGUGAGGUACCACUUUAGCCAAUGGGGCCUCCCGUUGCUGGCGCGCGAUUUUUGUUCUCAUCCUGAGGUAAAGUUCUUAACCCAAGGUACUAUUUCUGGGUUAGCAGAGUCUGUAACCUGAAGCAUCUGUAACCUGAAGCGCCUGCAACCCGAGGUACCACUGUAACUCCAUUCCUGGCCCGACUGCACUGGCUGCCAAUCAGUGUCAGAGCCCAACGCAAAGUGCUGGUUUUUGACCUUUAAGCAGCUCAGGACCGCCUCUCCCCAUAGGAACCAGCUCUGACCUUGUGCUCAGAUUCUCAGGCCCUUCUUUGUGUGCCUCCUUUUCUGGGGUGGGGUGUCCUUCCCAGGGAGGAUCACCGGGCUCCAGCAUUAUAUCUCUUUAGGCACCAGCCAAAACCUUUCCUCUAUAACCAGGCCUUUGGCCUUUAAUUAUCUGCAGCUUUUUAGGGUGUGAUGUUUUUAAUGUAUUUCUCUUUCUUUUUGGUUUUAAUGUACAGUAUCUAUGCGGGGUUUGACUAGUUGCUUGGUUGUAAGUCGCUUUGGGUUGCGCUGGGCAAGAUAAGCGACUGACAAAUUAAAUAAAUAAACUAGUCCAAGGAAAUUCCAUACUACAAAUAAAAAUAUUACAGCAGCAGAUGUUGUAUGUGACACUCUUACAAUAAGAGGCAAAAUAUAAAAUACAGUUCAUGGCAAGCUGGCAUCUCUAAGUGUCGUGAUGUUGUUUAAAUGGGAGCUCUUUUUGUGAUUUCAUCUUACAGUACAGCCCUCAGGCUCUGUUCCUCACUAUACCACUGAAGUGACAGAAACAUCUAUUGUUAUUACCUGGACACCAGCUCCAAGAAUUGGGUUUAAGGUAAGAAAACAGCCACAAAUUCCCACCCUGCCAGUACUUCAGGUAUCACUUAAACAGACAUGAAAACCAAUCUACCUCAGCAGGGGGAGAGACCCCUGGUUCAAAAGGGCUUAUUACAACUAAUGGCUCAUGGCAUUUGACAACUUGUAGUAGCAAUUGAUACACUGGCUGAACGUCAUUUGUUUUAAGCCUGAUGUAACAGAUUAGAAGUUAAAGGAGGUGGCAUUCGUUCAAAGGUUCCUGGAGCAGCUACAAACAUUUGUUUAUAACUUAUAAAAUCCACAGUUAAAAGUGGUUUGAAUGUAAUCUCCUAAGCAGCUAACAAAGAAGCAAAAAUUAACAAGAAAUCACACACACACACACACACACACACACACACACAAAAGCAUCCUGAUGAAAUGAAGUUGUGAAAAUGUUGUCUAGCAUAUGUUAUCCUGCUAAUGUGGCCUUGGUGCAAAAAGGGAACCUUGCUGCAGCGUGCAUAAGAUUUCAUGUUUGUUGUUAAUCAUUCUUAGUUCUAGUAGUUCUUGUGCCAAAAAAAAAAAAAAAAGUACAGGCUAUGUUUCAAGAAAACUCUUAGUUCUGAGCCCAGAAUGAACAAUUCUACAGCACAUAAAAUUGCUUAAUAGAAAUAAUUAAACAUUUCCAAACUUGGUAUUUCAUUUGGUUGCAGAUAGAGUUGUUGUGGGUUUUUUUGAUAGAGUGGUUAAGAAGCCAAGGGAGAAGGGGCAGCAGAGGCAAGAUGCUAGGAAUGGAAAGUCAGCAGAGAAACCAGAAGCUGUUAGAGCCACAGAACUCUUUCCCUUUUCCUCCCUGCUUUAGUCUCUGCUCUCUACAAUACUGAGGACUAGAUAUCUACUUUUCUGAAAUGAAAUCCUGAAGUUCUCAGAAAGCUCGGGUUCCACCAUGCAUAUAUCUUUGCAGAAUUCAACUCCUAAUAGUUUUGAUCAUCCACAUUAAGCUAUACUGGUGUUCUUCACAGGAGUACAUACUACAGCAGCCAUUGUUAGCUGUGAAUAAUUCUUCAUUCUUUUCCUUCUGCAGCUGGGUGUGCGACCAAGCCAAGGUGGAGAAGCUCCAAGGGAGGUCAUCUCUGAGUCUGGGAGCAUUGUCAUCUCGGGUCUGACUCCUGGUGUGCAUUACGACUACACCAUCACAGUACUCAUGGAUGGUCAAGAGAGGAUCACACCCAUCACCAAGACAAUAGUUACACGUAUGACACAUUUUAACUAUCACAUAAUGAACACUGCUUUUUUAGGCCAAAGAUCCCAAAGCCAUUAUCCCCCACAGAAGUCUGUGGAAUUAUUUUGGAGUGGUUUCUUUGUAAAAUAAAUCUGGCAGAUUUGAGCCAGUAUAUGUGGAAGAGGGGGUAGCACAGGUGUAUUCCUACCACAGAAAAGACUUGUUUCCUGCUAACCUGGGCCUGGUACAUCCUGACACCUCCAGCAGACCAGCCCAUAAGGAUCAGACUGCCAUGAGGUGCUGCUGGGCUUUGGUAGCUCACAACAUGUCAUGGCUAGCUUAGAGAGCAGGGUUCAGUCCAUGACCCAGAGAAAAUAGUGUAAGUUGGAAGAAUAGCUCUUGGAAGAACCUUUUGAUGCUCAGGUUUUAUAUUUCCAGGUGGCUUUGGUGGUGCAAAAUGCCUUCCAUCAGCUUCAGCUGCUGGCCCCACCACCCCUACCCUAUAUGGACAGGGAUAUAUUUGUGUUGUCUCUGCUCUGGUAACCUCUAGGUUAGAUUACUGUAAUGGGGCUGCCUUUGAAGAUGUUUCAGAAACUGCAAAUGUUGGAGAAUUCUGCAACCAGGUUGCUCAUGAUGGUCUGAGCACAGAACAUCAAUCCUGGCCUGUGUGCAGUGGCUGCCAGAUGGUUUACUGGCCCAAUUCAAAAUGCUGGUUUUUACCUUUAAAGCCAUAUGCAGUUUAGGACCCCAAUGCUUCAAGGACUGUCUGUCCCCAUAUAAUCUAAUCUGCGCCCUGCAUUCCAAGGGAAGUGCAGAGGGUGGCAGUGCGAGAAUAGGCUUUCUCUGUGGUGGCCCCUUGUUUAUGAAAUGAUCUUCCCAGGGAAGAUCUCUUUUUAGGCGCCGGGCAAAAACAUUCUUGUUUAUCCAUACCUUUGGAUCUUAACUUCCUGCUUCUCUUUUAGUGUGGUGGGGUGGAGUUUGCGUCUAUUCUAUUUAUACAUGUUAUAUGUUUGUAGUUUGGGCUGUUUUAGCACUGUUUUUAAUGUUUUUUGUAAGUCACAUUGAGUUUCAUUUUUGAAAAAAGCAACUAAUACUGAAAACUCUUUCUGUUGCCUAUCUAGUGAAAUCUUAAAACAAUGAUUUUACUACUUAUAGCUCUGUCACCACCAACCAACUUGGAACUUGAUUCCAACCCCAAAACUGGAAUCCUCACUGUCUCGUGGGAAAGAAGCACAUCUCCAGGUAUUUAUAUUGUGCAUGGCUAGGAACUGCCCUUUUGACUGUGCAGCACUCUAGAUCCUCAGCAAUUCUCCAAGAUGAGCUGUCAUUUUGGGCAUUGUUAACCAGAUACUGGAUACAUCUGUUAUAGUGCCAUUUCUAGUACAGAGGGAAAGGAGGGCACUCCUUUCUAGGGAGUAUUUUGAAAAAGAAUAGCACCACUGGAAUCUGCCCACUAAGAAAACAAGGAGGGUAAGAAUAUGGUAACUCUUCUACAACGUAUUGCAUUUCUUUGUGAAUGCCCUCCCUCAAAGCUAUCAAACACCUUUGAAAGGUUGUCUUUCAAACAUUUGUGUUAAAAAUAAUGUAUUUAGGAGAAAAAUGGAAAAUUAACAUUGAAACACACCAUAGAUCUGUGUCUCAGUAUGUUCAUGAAGCACAUCUCAUUGGAUUAUAUUGAAAGUAUAUAUUCCUGCAAUUUCUAUAAGUCUAUAACAAAUGGAAACAUCAGAAUGCUUCAUACUUGCCCCACGUUCUGUGAAAACAAUUAUGUGUCACAGGCAAUUGGAGGGGACCUUCUUGCUGUCAGAUUUCCAGGUUUUAAGACCAUUUCACAUUUUUAAAUAGCUGUGCUUCUGUCUAGUUUUAAGGAAGUAGAGUAUAAGUGCCAACUAAGCCCUUUACUUUUGUGCUUUAGAUGUAACUGGAUACAGAAUUACUACUGUCCCUACAAAUGGACAGCAAGGUUUCACUCUGGAGGAAGAAGUUGAUGCUGAACAGACAUCCUGCAUCUUUGAAAAUCUGAGUCCCGGAGUGGAAUACAAUGUCAGUGUUUACACAGUCAAAGAUGACCAGGAGAGCUCGCCCAUCUUUGAAACCAUCACACAAGGUAAAAUUUAAAAACUGAGCAGCAGAUUUGACAAAUUUCACAGGGAGCCAUCCUAUAAAUUUCUGUACUUAUGAAAGCUGUACCUGAACAUCUUUCGGUGAAGAUUUUUCAUUGGUUGUGUGCAUGUUUAUUCAUAAAUAAAUCCUGUUCAGUUCAGUGCAAUUUACUUCUAAUUAGGAUCACAGCCCUGGACACCAAGACAAACAUACUUGCUCAUUCCAUAUGGUUUUUAUACUAUUGUCUUAUUUUGCAUAGGUAUACAACAGUGGUGAGCAGAUUGGCCUUGGAUUCGCUGCCUCUGACUCAGGGGAAAUGGAUCACUAAACAUUUUGGGUUUAUUCAUAUGUUACAUUUUGUGUGGGUUUCCAUGUUGCUGUAUCAAAUCUAGACAAACCAGAUCAAGUACCAGUUAAUGAUGGUCAGAGGUGUGAAGAAUAUUUUAGAAAAUAAGGUUCUUAUUUGUUCAGGUGACAUUGCCCAUUGAAAAUCAACAGUGCUUGAUGUUUAGAAAGAUUCUGGUGGAGGACCAAUGUUCUCUGCUGCUGGAUAAGCUCACUCAAGAGUCAAGUGUACCGUCUCUGUAUUGAGCUGUUGCCAUGCUGAUCCCAGAUAUCAUGAAAUACAAAAUGAGCAAGUUGAUCCAGUUGAUCCCUAGUAAAAUUUUAAGCCUUCAUCUGUGUUUACUCAGAUGUUAGCCCUACUUUAUUAACAGUGAGACUUGCUCACAGGUAAAUGUGCAUAUGAUUGCAGCUAUAGACCAAGAAAAAGUAUCUCUUUGCUCUUUAUUUGUGCUCAGAAGUAUGUGUUAUGACUGAAAAUGUACACCCUGCCCUUCUUCUGUUGUAGAAGAUGAUGGUCUGGGAUGUCUCAGUCUAGCCUUGUGCUUGUAGUGCUGUAAAACCCCAAACCUGUCAUUAUGGAAUUUUGUCUUAUCCGCCCGCCCCCCCCGCCUGCCCCAAUGGCUCCCAGCUCCUGUGUUUCACAGAUGCUUGCCAUUAACACUGCUUGGCAUUUCUGUGCUCUUGUUGAGUCUCUCUUUGCUCCUAUGGGCAACUAACACCCUGGUUUGAAUUAAUUCAACAAUCAGGUCCUUAACCCAAUGCCACUUUCUAACACAAAGAAGCACUGGGGAAAAUUUUUUGGUAUGUCUUUGGUGCUUUCUUUACAGGUGAUAUGGUAAGCAUAUCCCACAAAGAUAAGUGGUUAUUUGGUAGAAAAUUGAUACUUUCUUUUUCAGUUCUGCUCAGUGGUUUUCCAUAACAGAAUGGAAAAAGGUUCUGAAAUUAUUAAACCAAUGUUUUGCACCAGAUGUAGACCACCUUUGAAAGAUUCCUUAUCAAUUUAAGAAUUGUAUACUCCUCCCACCAAAUAAAACAUAAAACACACAUUUGCCCUGAAACAGGCUGUGUCCCUUUCCUCAUCCUUCCCAUCCCUCUAUAGUAUAGUAGCACAUAACAUAUUUUACGUAAGCGCCUCAAAACUGCUUCCAUUCAAAGACAAAGUGAGGUAGGACUCUAUUCCUAGAGUGAUCUAUCAACCAGCUUUGCUACAGCUGUUGCUCAUAAGUGUUACUUCGCCUUAGAAAUUACCUGCUGAAUAAUCACCAGGCUGUGUAAUAUAUACUGUAUGUAGGGCUGGAUGUACAAAAUCAAUAUUUUGCUUCAGGAUGAUUAGCCCAUGAAAACAAUGUCAGGUAAAGGAACAUGUCUCAUUCAUUACUUAGACUAGAAUCCCUUGCCAUUUUUAACUUCACAAAUGACAAUUCUGUAAGGAUGACAUGUUUUAUGUUUCAGACUGCUGUACUGUACACAGUUACCUGGUGGGAUUAACUCCGAGUAGGAUUAUGUUUCAAGGCUAUGAUCUUUCUAAAAGUUUGCACUCAGAAAAGAAUGGCUUUGUUAGAUACUAAGUUAAUAGGAGUGAACGUCUGUAGUGCAGGUCAAAAAAGCAGGCACAAAAGAAGCAAUAUUAGUCCCGUUACGAUAAUAAUAAUUUAUUAUUUAUACCCCGCCCUUCAGGCUGGGUUUCCCCAGCCACACUAAUGAAUCCAUUAAAAGUGUCUGAGCCACUUGAUCACCAUCCUUAGCCUCUCUUUUUUUAAAAGUGUCUUCUCGGUUGUGGACUGGUUGGCAACUUCCCCCACCCAUAAGUCUACAGCCUUCUGGUCUGUGACGUGACGCAUAGAAACUGUUUCCUCCCCACUUUAUCCUAAUUGAAAGUAGAAUAUUUAACCAAGGCAAUUGCUUUCGAGUAAUACUGCAACUGGCAAAACAAUCUGAACCUGAUUAUCUGUGUGGAACAUGUAUAACCCAGGCAAGCUGUCAUUAACCACUAAUGAUUUGUACAAGGAAAACUUGGUACGGGCAAGCAUAUGUGUUAGUUGGAGAAGCAAACUUUUAAGACUGUGGGGCUCAAGCAUUAGUUGAUAGGGUCUCAUACAUUCCUGCCAAUUUGAUUCCCUCCGGCCCCCCGAGAUGGGCUCCUUUGUUGUUUUACAUAUGCUGGAGCAGGUGCCAUUUUGCUCCAUCCUAAAAACAUGUUUGCUGGCAGAGUGUUUCAUGAGAAUUGGCUGCAAAUCCUGCAGAACAUCUCUAAUGACAUUCAGAAGAGAUGUUCUGCAGGUAUUGUAAGAGGGUUUAGCUAUCUAACCCAUUGCUGUAUGUUGUAAAUGGUGGACUUGCUUUUCGUAGGGAAAUAUCGCAUAUCACCACAAUUACUUCGCUAGUUCUUCACUUUUAAUUCACUGCUGAAUUCACUGAUGAUCACUGCUUUUUCUUUCUCUUCCUUCUUGUUGUAUUUUGCCUCCGUUUGUCUUUGGCUCCCUGUUUUGCUCUGUAACACAAUAGAGGUGCCCCACCUCACUGACUUAAGCUUUGUCGACGUAACUGAUACAAGCAUCGGCCUGAGGUGGACCCCACUAAAUGCCUCCACCAUUAUUGGCUACCGCAUCACAGUAGCUGCAGCAGGAGAAAGUGUCCCCAUUUCUGAAGAUUUUGUGGACUCUUCAGAGGGACACUAUACGGUCACAGGCUUGGAGCCGGGCAUUGAUUAUGAGAUCAGCGUAAUCACACUCAUUAAUGGCGGAGAGAGUGCCCCUGCUACGCUGACUCAGCAAACUGGUGAUUGUUGAAGACCUCCUGUGUUGAGAGGACUGUUUCAUGCUGUCACUAGCUGCUUGGACGACUGGUUUGCUCAGUGGAGAAAUGGGCCUCUUGCUUUGUUUAGGGAGAGGUGGCCAGGGGACAUUUUUGGAAGUUCAAUGGGAACAGAUAUACAGCAUUAUACACAUAAUUUCCUUUUAGUAUUUCCACCAAUUUGAGGUUGAAUCUUGCAUCUCAAUAGCAGGUUGAAGCAUCUUGCCAAAUUCUCAGGGGAUGAUAAUUUAUUUGGCUUUUGCAAUUCUAUCUCCUAAUGUUUUUGUGGAUAGAAAACAUUUCUCUAACAUUUCUUCUCACAGCUUUAUUAUCAUUUCACAGUGCAUAUCUGAGCUGGGCUUGAACCCACAUCUCAGAAGUUUCAGAACCUAUGUGAAGUAUCCACAUUGGCUUUCCUAGCCACAGUGGAGAUAAAUACAAAAGCAAUAUCUUGGAGUCCAUUGUCCUAAUCCUCACUUAGUGGCCCAAGUGUUCAAGUGAUUCCCCCAAAAUGGUCUGGGGAAGAAGGCAUCCUCCAAUCACGCUAGUGACAGGCAUGGCAGUCUUUGAAACCUCUGUAGUGCAUGUACAGAAAAUGACCUGGGAGUUUGUUUUGCAUGGAAAGACUACUAUGUUCACCUUAGCUGGGUAAGGCUUUAUAACCUUUUCCUAUGUAAGUAGUUGUAGAGUCCUAGAGACUUCACAGCUAUUGUUCAUCCUCCCCUCUGUAUGCAUGUUAGUGUUAUGGAAGUGGUGCCUUUUCCCGCCUCUGAGCUCUGAUUUGAGAUGGAUCGCAAGAUCCAUAGGCAAAAGACAACAAUACAGGAACUCACUGCUUGUCUUUUUUCUUCUUUAAAAAAGUAAUAUUAUGGAAUACAUUUGGAAUCCAUAACGGUUUUGCUGAGAGGUUAAAGGUGCUUUACAUCAGCUUUAACUGUAUAAUGAAAGAUUGAAAGAUUACUGCAGCUUACUUUCGUGGAAUGAAACAUAGUUUAGUAGUACAUUUGCAUGGGUUUGAUUUUGUAAUGGAUUCCUCCCCCCCCCCCUUUUUUUGCAUGGGAUUGUUUGUAUAUUUUUGAAACACUAUUGAAUCGAAUUCUGGUGCUUCUAAAAUUACUGAAAAUAUUGUCUUUUAACCUCAGCUGUCCCUCCUCCCACUGAUCUGCGUUUUACCAAUGUGGGCCAUGACACUAUAAGAGUAACUUGGACUCCACCAACCUCCAUUGAACUGACCAACUUCCUCGUUCGUUUCUCACCUGUGAAGAAAGAGGAGGAUGUUGCAGAGCUGUCUAUCUCACCAUCUGACAAUGCAGUGGUUUUAACAAGUAAGAGGCUGCUUCAUUGAUACGUUUUAUCCAGUCAUCAAACUGAUGUGAUUUGAUAUUGGAAUUGGUAGACUUUGGGGGAGUGUGUGGGGAGAUGAUUGGCUAGACGUCUACUUUAGACUCUUGCUGUCACUCUUUAUAUGCAUUUUCUAUGGCUAUUUUUCAUUUGUUUUCCCCUCAAUUCACCAAAUCUCAUUUCGAUGGCCUCCAUUUCAUUUUUCUCUUUGUAGUUACUACUUUAAACUCUAUGCAAAAAGUCUUAUGAGGAAAUCAUGUACUGGAAGAAACAUGUUGUAUUAAAUUAUAAAUACACAGUCGGGAAGCCCUGAAAAAUUAUGUUUCUGUUUGUUUGGAAUUUAUCCAUCCCACAAUAGAAUAUGAGCUCUGUCACCAGUACCUAAGUCCUGGUAGGCCAACAGUACAUGACACAUCUGACCCAGCCUAAACUCUCUGAGAUGCUCUUAGGUUAAACAUUUUCUGCUGGCAGUGUUUCUCAUCUCUCCCAGACAGUGGAAAUGAAUGUCAGAAUUAAAGAGUUGCUGCCAUUUGUACUUUAGUUCUUAUGUGCAUUUUUGACAAGUACACAAUUUGACAAGGCCUUGGUAGAAAAAAUUUAAGAGUUUUGUUGAUGGAGGUAGAUAUGGAAACAGUGCAAGCUUCAGAGCUUUUCCAGUAAAGAACAUGGAAAUUCUAGCUGGAAAUGCUUUGUGAAUAAAUGACAAUAGGCAAAACUGUCAGAGAGUGAGAAACUUGUUUUGUAGGCUGGAAAGAUCCAUUGGGUCAGGGGGGACCAGCAAUUUUUUCAGCAGAUAAUGCUGCAUGCUCAGGUAAUGUAACAUUUAGAACUAUUUGCUAAACAACAUAGCUGGAAAUGACCAUUUUUGUUUAGCAAAGGAGCUCUGCUGGGUAAAAAGCUGAGAUUUGCAAUUGUUUCUAGAGGAAUUUAAAUAUCCUAAAUCGUUGCUGUUUUAACUCUUCAGAUCUUCUCCCUGGCACUGUGUAUUUGAUCAGGGUUUACAGUGUAUAUGAACAACGUGAGAGUAAACCUCUGAGCGGAGAGCAGAAAACAGGUCUGUAGAGUGACAAAUAUUGAAAAUGUCUUCACUUUCUUUCUACUAGUUUUAUUUCAAAUGAGAUUUGUGUGGUAGCAAUUUAUUAAGAUUGUUCUGCUAUUUCAGUUGUUCAAAAAUAUUAAGGAUUUUGAAAAUUUUUGUGUAGAUUUUGCUUUACAAAUUGGUUUUAGCAAGCCCAUUUUAGAAAGAACUAUCAUGCCAUGAUGGCUCUGUUGAAGUUGGUCCAAUACAAUUUCAUAACUUCAGGACUCCACAUUCAUAGCCCUAUCCAUGUUGUUAUUCCUUCCCCUUUCAGUGGAGGAAGGGUUUGGUGUUUGAACAACCUAUUAUGGCCCACAUCUUUAAGAGCUGUGGUUGAUGGGACUUUGGUUUGUCUGAAUGUUUCCUAUCUAUUUUAAUAUAUAUCCAAUGUAUAUGCAUGCUUUUUCUACAAAAAAACGACAUUGACUUUACUGUUCAGCUGAUUUACAUCUCCUUUAUUUUCCUAUGAAAAUAGGCCUUGAUUCCCCAACUGGGCUUGAUUUCUCAGAAAUAACAGCCCAUUCUUUCACCGUCCAUUGGAUUGCUCCUCGUGCCACCAUCACUGGCUACAAAAUACGCCAUUCCCUUGAGCAAGGGGGAAGCAGACCCAAAGAAGUCCGCAUUGCUCCAUCUCGCAAUUCCAUCACACUCACUGACCUGGUUCCAGGGUCUGAGUAUGUGGUGAGCAUUUCUGCAUUCAAUGGCAAAGAGGAGAGCUUGCCUUUGAUGGGACAGCAAAGUACAGGUAAGACCUAGACAAGGAAAAUAAAAUACAGCUUUUAAGUUCUUGAGACCAGGUCACGGAGUUAAUUGAAAUGGAACUUAGAUAUGGUCAAUUCCUCUAACAGCUCAGGGGAAGAAACUGAGUCAAGAAAUUUCACUACGGAUUGCAAGUGAGGCAUUGACCAUAUAACAGUAAGAACCUACAGGUUUACUGGAUGGUUUUGAAUGGCAGCUCAAGAGUUAUAGAAAUCAUUCUCAGUUUUAUUCUGCUUCUGCUACUCAUGGAGUUGUGGAAGGGACUGCAGCCAACUGCUAGGAACCCAGUCAAGGCCUCUCUUCAUCCUUUCUGAGAUUUCCUCAGGCACAUUGUCAACCCUAUCAGUGUGGCCUCCAGAACUAGAAAGUUUUGGCAGGUGUUAAGAAAAGACUAGAAAACAGAACUAAACAAUAUGCAGCAUAUGUACACGAUGCUGAAAGCAGCAGCUUCAUGUCCCUUGCUCCUCCCAGUAACAUGGAGGCAAAAUACGUGGCAUUGUAUUGAGUUUCCCAAUCCCUUCAUGUGUAGGUAGGGACACACGCAGACAGUGAUUUUUCAAGUUGCUGCAUUUUUGGGAAAAAAAAAAACAGUAUUUCUGGAAAAAGUAGAAGAGAGUAAGCAGGACUUUGAGCAGAGCCAGCUCUACAAUUGGCGCACUGAGGUGGCAGCCUCAGGCAGCAGAAACCUUCAAGGCGGCAGCCCCACCAGGGCCCCUCUGUCGCUGGUGCAGAAGCAGUGCCAGUAUCGGCACCAAUUUCAGAUGGAAUUGUGGGAGAUCAUGCGGAGCAUGAAAAGAUAUCUUAUGAUUUUGCCGAGAUCUUGCUUGUAAUUGACGCCAAUGCCGGGGUCACUUCUCUGCCAGCAGCAGAGGUGGCAGGGCAGGUGGAGAAGUGGUGGCAGCAGUGGCAGGGCAUUUGCCUCAAGCGGUGAAAUAGGACAUGCCGCCCCCGACUUUUAGUGACUUUCAGUGUUUUAUAUUGUCUGCUUUGGGCCAUAGGUUUUCAAAGUGCUGAAUAUCACAAGUCCAGUACCCAAUUCCAUGGAUUCUUGGUACAAUCGCAGAAUCAAAACCCAAUUGAAGAUUCAGAUAUGGGUUUAAAUGGCAGCUUUCUAGUGGGCUUGCAGGGUGGUGCUUGGCUAGCUACUUUCCUUCAGAAUUAUUUCCGCUCCAAUAAACUGCAAGUGCUAGUGAUGCAUCUCAGAGGGGGAAUACAAUGAUGAAACAUUGCCUGCCUUGGAACCAGUGCAGAAUAUACUGUAUUUUUUGCACCAUAACACUCACUUUUUUCCUCCUAGAAAGUAAGGGGAAAUGUCUGUGCGUGUUAUGGAGGGAAUGCCUACGGGUGGCAUGCCUACGGAUUUUCCUCCUCUAAAAACUACGUGCGUGUUAUGGUCGGGUGCGUGUUAUAGAGCGAAAAAUACGGGUAGUUCUAAAAUACUACCUUGUCUAGAAAGAUGUCUCCAAAAGGAAUCUAAAAGCUUUACUGGGCAGUUGCACUGUACAGUAUGACAUGUGAACUGAGAGGAUGUGGAAUAUUCCUAAUUUUCCCUUUCUUAAACCCCUCUGUCUAGUUUCUGAUGUUCCAAGAGAUCUGCACGUUACUCCCACUGGCCCCACCAGUCUGGUCAUCACCUGGGAGGCUCCUGCCGUUACCGUCAGAUACUACAGGAUCACAUAUGGCGAAACAGGUCAGUGCCAGAUGGUCUGAAUACCUCGUAUUAGAAGUUAAAGCAAGACUCUGGAGGCAAGGUUUUAAGUGACUUAAAAACACUGCAACACUUUGAAUGACUGCUGUGGCUCUGAUAGACACUGGAUACUUACAAUUCAAAUACAAGUUAGAAGGGAGGUAAAAGGGAUCAGAGCUACUGGCUCAGCCCUGACAGCUGCAUGUUCAAGGGAAAGGGGCUGAUGCUUACACGGAGCAUCUUGUGGGUAUCAAAUCCCUUUCACACUAACGCUAAAAAGAUGAAUGUCAGUGGUGGGGGCUGUAUAUGUGUGGGAGGGGACAUUUGUGUACCCCUUAAUUUGAAAGUAUUGAAAACUUAACAUUUGAGAGGACUUUUUCUGCACCUGUUGGUCUGUCAUCAUUAUACACAAUAUUAAUUGGUACUAAACACAACCUGAGACAGUUAUCUUCAUGGGUUUUCCAAAGGCAGCCCCACACCAUGUGCAUUACAAGGAUCUAAUUUAGGCAUCCUGGUGGCAUUAAUUGCCAUGGGGGGGUUGUAAUGCUACUUUCUAUGUAUUUUAUACAUGAUUGUUUUAUUACUUGUUAAUUUUUCUGCAAAUUGCUUUGAACCCUUUUUGGGGAUAAAGACCAUUUGCAAAUUUAGUUAUUAAAUUUGAUCUGCAUGUCACUUCCACUGGCCCCACCAGCUUGGUCAUCACCUGGGACAGGAGUGCCAAAUUGAAUAAAAUAAUUGAUCACUUGAUGUGGUGCACACACACCAUUUGAAUGGCAAUGCCCAUCAACUUCAGAGGGGCAGCCCCCUCAAAUAUUUUAGGGGGGCCCAAGACCCCUUGGCUCCUAGGUGUUGGCAGGAUAGCUCAUUUGGUAGAGCAUGAGACUCUUGAUCUCAGGGUGGUGGGUUUGGGCAAAAUAAUCCUGCAUUGCAGGGGGUUGGACUAGAUGAACCUCAUGGUCCCUUCCAACCCCGCAUUCCAUGAUUCUAUGUACUACCACCGUCGUCAUUUUAACAACAGCUGUGAGCUUUUGACCAUCUUGUGCUAUUGCUCAUAGGUGGCAGUGGGCCUGUUCAAGAGUUCACUGUACCUGGACAUGUCUCCACUGCAACAAUCCCUGGACUUAAGCCUGGAACAGACUAUACCAUCACUGUGUAUGCAGUCACUGGACGUGGAGACAGUCCUGCCAGCAGCAAACCAGUCACUGUCGACUACAGAAUAGGUAAGACCAGGACAAAUGGACAUUUAAGAACUAUUUAUUCCAUCUGCUCACUUCUUCUUUUUUUUAAGGGUGGGAGAGCAAACCAAAUUAUUCACCCCACUGGCUUAAUUCAACAAUUCUGUCCAUCAUGCAAAAAGACUUCUAACCCAUUUAAAACACUUGCAUCUUGCUUUUUGAUGAGCUUGAGAUUGCUGGCAAAAACUAUGGCUUUGUUUUCUACAACUCCUUGAUUUACAUCAGGAUGGUAACACAACAGUGCUUUCCAUUUGUUUGAAUCCAAAUACGUUGCAAAUGUGGCCCGCAGUAAAUGUUGGCGUUCUUAUUCAUCUAGUUUAGCGCUCGUUUCCAGCAAUGGCCAGUCAAAUGCAUCUGGAAGACCAAUCACCAAAGGAGAAGGGCAACAGUGGCCCCUUGUCUGCUUCCACAUGUGAUAUUUCACUAUGUUGUGGUCAUGUGGAGACUCUGUUCAAUUAUUGUAGAGCAUGGGAGAGGGUAACAUGGGAUAGGUGAGGUUGAGUGGGUGGAGCCAAAGGAAAGCGCAGCAUCAGUGAUUUGGCAGGGGAGCAAAAAUUUAGGUCCCUCAUGGUGGCAAUCCAUGGUUUUAAGGAUUAUGCUUGAUCCCAAAAGUGGCUAACACAGCCGUGGAUUAAAACAAUAUUAUGCUCAACCAUAUAUAUUAAUUUUGUUGAUAUGUAUUUUUGAAAGAUUUAUACCCCACCUUCUCAAAAAUGAAGUUCUCAGAAAAAGACCCUUCUAAAAAUAUAACAUAAGGUAGCAUAAAAUGAAGUAAAGUGGAACAAAUAAAUCACAUAAAAUAUUUAAAAUUUAGCAGCACCAGUAUAAAAAGACAAAUUAAGCAUCAGUGCAAAAGCUAAAAUGAUAAAGUAACAAAUAAAGUCUCAGGAGCAAUAGCUGUUGAUUCAUUCACUUAUAGGGUAAACAAAAUCUUAGCCUGGUACCUAAAACUGAACAGGCCAAGCCUGAGGCAGGCUGCCCAUGGAAAGAGUGUUCCAGAGUUGGGGUCCAUAAUAGAGAGAGCUGUUUUGGGGGUAGCCACCCACCUCCCUUCUGAUGGGGAAGAUAAAGGCCUAUAAUGAUUAUCAUAGUUGGCACACAGGUUCAAAUUUGCCGUAACAUUUUUGUGUGUGAAGAACACUCGGAGAAGGAGUAAUGUAUAUAUAUUCCAUUACAGUGGUACCUCGGGUUAAGUACUUAAUUUGUUCUGGAGGUUCAUUCUUAACUUGAAACUGUUCUUAACCUGAUGCACCACUUUAGCUAAUGGGGCCUCCUGCUGCCACCACGCCACCAGAGCACAAUUUCUGUUCUCAUCCUGAAGCAAAGUUCUUAACCUGAAGCACUAUUUCUGGGUUAGCGGAGUCUGUAACCUGAAGUGUAUGUAACCUGAAGCGUAUGUAACCUGAGGUACCACUGUAUUUAAUUCCCCUUCUCUGUUAAAAUCCCAAGACCUAGCUUGCAGAUUAAAAUAUUAACACUUUCAAAUAGCGCUUUCUGCUGAUUUCCCCCUCUCCCACUUUCUUCACCCCAACUUUCUUAUCUACAGUUUUUGAAUGCUUGUUCCCCAAGGCCACAUCAUGGAGAAACAAGGAUCUGGUGUUAUCACUGCAGGUUCCAUACGAAAUUCAGAAUAUUAAUUUAGUGUCCUUGAGAAAUGUCUUCUAACUGAGUUACUUUAGGCCUUGGAGGACCAACAUGGCCACACUUCUGCUGAACACAAGGUGGUCAGUCUUCUCUAAGAUCUGUCACAGAAGCCAAUGAGAGAAGAAGAAGAAGAAGAGUUUGGAUUUGAUAUCCCGCCUUUCACUCCCCUUCAGGAGUCUCAAAGUGGCUAACAAUCUCCUUUCCCUUCCUCCCCCACAACAAACACUCUGUGAGGUGAGUGGGGCUGAGAGACUUCAGAGAAGUGUGACUGGCCCAAGGUCACCCAGCAGCUGCAUGUGGAGGAGCGGAGACGCGAACCCGGUUCCCCAGAUUACGUGACUACCGCUCUUAACCACUACACCACACUGGUGUAGUGUAGAGAUGAAUGAUUUUAAUUCUUUUAUGUGCAGAGAUUGAUACACCAUCCCAGCUACAAGUGACUGAUGUUCAGGACAGCAGCAUAACUGUGCGAUGGCAGCCUUCUUCUUCCCCAGUUACUGGUUACAGAGUGACAGCUGUUCCCAAAGAUAACCACGGUCCCACAAAAACCAGAGUUCUCUCUGCAGGUAAGAACAGGGCAUACAUAAAACUCAGAGAGGGACACCCAAGGGAAGGAAAAGUCCAUAAUCUAAGCCUGACUUACUCGCAAGCCAAAAUGUUGGGUCACCACUGCACCUUCCCCAUAGGCCAGCUUCUCUCUCUUGUGCUUUUUCAGAAUGCACUAGCAUGAACAGAAAUAAAAAAAUUAAAAGCCUACAGGUCAUAAGAAGCCUUGGCAGAAUAUCAGUGUCUUCCUCAGUUACGAAAAUGUUCCAUGGAGUUCCACAAAGGGCUGAGAUAACAUGCUAAAAUCAGAAUUGUGUACAUGACUGAGGCAAAACGUGGCACAAUGGCCAGGACCUAAAGAACCACGCAGUUAGUUCCACGUACCUAGGUGUGUUUGCAUCUAAUGCUAAAUUAUGGUAUAAUGCUCUAUGCACAAGCUGGAAUGAGCUUCAGGGAGGCGUGCCUCUCUUCUCCUCCCAUCGCACUGAUGUGUGUGAACCUAGGAAUCAUGGUUUAUUACAGACGUUGCUUCUUCCCUCAUUCAUACAAAUCAAGUUCGAUUAGGAGAAACAGGAGGAGGAACCCAAACGUGAGGCUUUGCUCAGGCUUGUCCUGGCUCAUGCAUUUAGUUCUAGGGCAGCCUCGCCCAACUUGGUGCCCCUCUAGCAUGCUGGCUGAGGGUGAUGGGAGUUGUAGUCCACUUAAUAGUCACGUGAGACUAAGGCACUGUACAUAAAGAUAACAUCUCCUGGACCAACAUGGUGUUUAGUAUACCUCUUCUAGAAUGACAGAACAAGUCUGCAGCAGUGGACAAGCAUCAUGGUCUUGAGAUGUGUUGGCAACAUCCUAAGAGUAUUUUUGUCAAGAUUGCAAAUAUUGUUAUUCACCUUUAAUUAGACAUCUGAUUUCCUCCUUGCAAAUGUUUGUUUAAAAGCCCCCAGUGUACAAUAUAUUUCAUUGGAACUGGCUUAUAGAGCAAAGAAUUUCUGCAUUUUUCAUUCUGAAGAAAUUUGAGUGUGGAAUCCAUUAACAAAGCAUCUUUUGAUCUGGAACUAUUUGUGUUAAUCUAGAGCAAGUCGCCUUUUCACUUGGAGCACAAAUGAAUACUUGCACAAGGGCCUCAGUUGUGACAGAAUGAGGCCAUCCAUAAAUAACAUUUCAUUCCUGAUUAAUGUUUUAUUGGCCUUUUGUUGCAGAUCAAACUGAAGUUACAAUUGAUGGACUGCAACCUACAAUUGAGUAUGUAGUUAGUGUCUACGCCCAAGGUCAAAAUGGAGAAAGCCAGCCUCUGGUUGAGACAGCUGUUACAAGUAUGUAUUUUGCAUUUUCUGAGUUUUACAGCAGGAACACAGUGUCUCUGAAUGCUUGAAUUCACUGGACAUAUCUACUUUCAGAAAUCAGUGCAAAACGCAGAAAACAGCAUCAUUCCCACUGAUACAACCUAGAGAGGCUGCUAAAACUCAGUUGCUCACCCCAGCCUCAGAAGAUGUGCUUUGAGUAUGGCUAAAAAUGGUCAAUGCAAAAAAUGAAAAACCUUGGCACUUAAUUGCUUUUAAAUGUGUGUGAAAUAUUGUACUUCCUAUGGUAAGAUAGUAAAGGUGACAGCUGGAGAUUACAAACUCCUUUUACAUACUAUCUGACAAAGAUACUAAUGCUGAGGUUGCUUAUUUCUUUUCUUUAUUCCUGUCAGCAGCCUGUGGGGAGGUAAAUAAGCAAUAACAAUGAAAUUAAUUAAAGUCACUUGAAAGCAUAAAUUCAAAGUUUUAAAUCUGCAUAUCAAAUUUUGAUGAAAAACAAAGUGAAGGAGAAGACUAGCUCUCUCUCUGCGUGGAGCACAAUCCAGCAUUUUCAACCCUGAAGUAAAUCUGCACACUAGCAAUGCACAUUGAGGCACAAAUACUUCCUGGUGAAUUCAUCAGCUGGUGAGUUUUACUGCUCGCCAUGUGCUCUGUGCCCUGACAAAUCAGGGCAGACUUGCCCACAGUAAUACAGUCAGGGUAUGAUCUUUCCCUGUCCAAGCGCUCCGGCUGUGUGGGAUCAACAGAGCUCUAUUUGUCCCCCCCCCCUCAAUGUAUUCACAGGAGAAUGGGAAGUCUAUGUGCACCUUCCAUAUCCCCAUCCAGCCUUCCUUCCUUUGCCUGUACAUAUUGAACAAGCAGAAUAGGGGGAGGGUUGGAUAAUAAUAUAUGAAGAGCACGGCUAGAUCACACCCAAGGUCCAUCUUGUCCAGCAUGUGCACAGGUGGCCAGCCAGAUGCAUCUGGGAGGCUCAUAAGGAAGACAUGGGCAGUGUGAGCAGAUCUUCUGUUUCCUGCUUAGGGAAGGAGAGGAGAGCAGGGCUCCACUGAACAGCAGGGGCUCCUCCAUGCACAGGUGCUGUGCCCAUGAAGGGAGAAAUUAACCCAGCUAAGAAAAGAACUCUGGAAUUGAAAGAGAAACAAGACAGCAUUCUGAAACCCCAGACUUGUGCAACAGAAGUCACCUUUUCUAUCUGGAAAGCAUAGGAAAUGCACAACUCUAACAUCACUUUGCUAUCAAUGGUGGCAAAAUAUGCAAUCAUUUGAAUCUUCUUUUUAAAUGAAAAGACUGCUCCUUGGCUCACGGAAACUGGCUGAGUGCUCAAUUCUGUGCAUACUUACUCAGCAGCAAGGUAAAUUGUGUCCAAUAGGACUUCCUCCCAAGUAAGUAUGCAUAGAAUUGCAGUGCUAGUUUUACCGACAUCUUGAAAAGCGAUCCAUGCUGCUCUCUGUUGCCUAAGAGCUGCUUCCAAUGUUACUGUUUAGGUACAUGGAAGCACUCCCAGAAGUCACUUCUGUGUUUGCAAACAUCCUGAGGAAAUGGAAGAAAAUAUAUGAACUCCAGGACUUCUGAAGCAGUCCAUGUCUAUCCUGGAGCUGAUACUAAGCCUUCCAACAGGCUGUUUUCAGUCAUGGAAACAGACUCACUAAUAUGCUGAAAUUGUUAUAUCAAAAGUAACAUCCUGGUCUGCCAAAUACUAUCUUUAAUUUAAAGAUAGGGCUUCGUAUGCAUAUUAUCUAUGCUUAUGGCAAUAAUUUGCAAUAAUGGUGUGGUUUUUUUGACAAAUUGAUAUGUGGAUGUUAAUUUGUUGAAAUAGCUACCUUGAGGCCUUUCUGCAGUCACUUACAGCAGUACAAGACAACGAUCAGCUUGAUUCUCUGAUCUGGCUGGUGUAGAGCGCUUUUGGGAAACACAGUUCCUCCAUCAAAGAGGUUCUGGGCUAGCAAAAAUAGUUGCAGGUCUGUGGGAAUAGUAUUUGAGGAGGGUCUUUAGCCAAGGCUAUUUUCUGAAUUGAGCUUGCCAGAUUCCAGGCAGAUUGCUUCUGCCUGUCCGGUUUUCUGGGUUGCAGCAAAAGCAUUAAUGCAAUGGUCAGAUCAGCUGAAACCAUCAGAGGUGUGCUGCUGUGACUACCAGCCAUUCGAUUCCCAAAAAGCUUGUGCUUUAUGCUGAUUGCUGUUUGCAAUAGCAUAACAUACAGCUGAAAAACAUGGUACAAGUCUUAACUGCUACACCUCCAUUGUGCUGCUGUAAAUGGCUCUGCAGGCUGCAAAAUAAAAUAAAUAAAUAGUUUCUAUUUCGCGAUGUGGAGAAAUAGAAGAUUGCUUUGCAUGCCUAUAACAAAGUGCUUUGUGCUACCCAAACCUGCUUCCCCACCCUUCCCCUCCACUUAAUCUUUCAUCAUUAAUUUGCCUAACAGACAUUGAUCGCCCUAAAGGACUGACAUUCACUGAGGUGGAUGUCGAUUCCAUCAAAAUUGCUUGGGAAAGCCCACAGGGGCAAGUCACCAGGUACAGGGUGACCUACUCAACCCCUGAGGAUGGAAUCCAUGAGCUAUUCCCUGCUCCAGAUGGCGAAGACGACACUGCAGAGUUGCAUGGCCUCAGGCCUGGUUCUGAGUACACUGUCCGCAUCGUUGCCUUGCACAAUGGCUUGGAGAGCCUACCUCUGAUUGGGACCCAGUCCACAGGUACACACAUAGCAAUGCCACCCGGUGGCCAGGGCAGCUGCUGCCUUCGUUGCCUGGCUGGCCAGAAUAGUUUCCAAGUGCUGCUGGUUUCUCAUCUAUGAGACCCCCAGUUCGGGGGAACGCCUUUGGUGUGGGGACAUAGAGACAUGGGUUUCUUUUGCAUGGAAGAUGAAGGAUAUCAGAAGCAACACACACACACACACACACACACACACACACACACAUAUUGACUUUGGAAUCAAGGGACGUGUAGCCUUUUCCUCCCUUAAAAAGAUUACCUUUGAUAUAAGAAAAGGUGAUUAGUUUUCACUUUUUAAAAAAGCCUUGGGCAGGGGUUCUGAAGGUCCCCUAUGACACUUCCAUUUGCCCUUCUCCUUCUUCCUUUCUCACCAGUUUGAUCACCAUUGCAGCCUAUGCCCACAGUCCUUCCUUGCACAUCCUUUUAAUUUCACUAGUACUCGCACACAACAUUUGAGCACAGAAUUUGACUGAUUUUGGGCAUCAUCCUUUGUCAGCCUAGUCAAUAAAUGUCUCUGCAACGUGUUACCGUCAUAUAAUCUUGAUUAUUGUUGACUCUAUAAAAUCAUCAUGAUAUUUCCAAAAUCACAUAAUUGACCCUGUUUUGGGGCAGGCACAGCAGAGUGCUGCCUGGUUAUACCUAUAACCACUCUUUAAAAUUCUAAAUCUGUAACCAGGGACAUUGGAAAACAGCACCAAUCACCUCCACACCUGUGUGUGUGUGUGUGUGUGUGUGUGUGUGUAUUACUCAGUUAAAUUGUGGCAGCAUUGUUUAAAGAUGACUUUGUAGCUUAGUUGGUCCCUGUUUUUCCAGCAACUAUCUUCCAUUACUGAUGAUCCAUGUAUAAAAAUAUUUCAAUACAUAUUUGUCUUGUUCAAGGCACCUGGAUUUUGAAACUUCCUUUCUAUUAGAUUUUUUAAAGAUACCUGAUCACAUCAUCAAAACUGCAGUCACCUGAAAUGAUACCGGUGACUUCACAGCAGGGCUAGCCAUUUCUGUACUCAUUACUACUCCCGAAGUAAUCUAAAAUUUUAAUCCUAAAUUUGACAGCAAUCCCACCUCCUAUGAACCUGAAGUUUAUUCAGGUUGCUCCAACCAGCCUGACAGUCACCUGGACUGCACCUAAUGUUCAGCUUACUGGAUACCGAAUCAGAGUGAAUCCCAAGGAUAAGAACGGGCCAAUGAAAGAAAUUAACCUCUCUCCAGAUAGCACAUCGGCUGUUGUCUCAGGACUCAUGGUAAUUCUUCUUUUAUUUUUUUGAAAGGAUUUUUUAUUUGUGUUUUUACAUACAGUUCGAAAAGAAUAAGUAAAGAAUAAAUGGAGAAAAUGAAAACAAAACCACUACAAACCAAGGACACAACGCAAAACACCUAAGGACUUCCCUUCCUCUCCUUCUCUGGUAUCUUUUCUUUUCUCUUUCUUCUGCAUAUUCUUAGUUACUAAAGUUCUACUCUUCGUACUAAUUUUCUCCUACUUCCUCUUACACUGCUGAAUUUUUUCAAGUCCUGCUAAUCUGUUCACUUGUUUACACUGAUUUUUUAAAAUACUCUACAAACAUUUUCCAAUCCUUUUUGUAUUCUUGGGGACUUCUGUUAUGUAUUCCCAGAAGAAAAACUUCUGGUUUCUUGGGAAAUGUUCUCUUAAGUAUUUCCCCCCUUAAUUCCCAUAAUUCCUGGAUUAUUUCACAUGAUCACCACUUGCGGUAAAAUUCUUCUUUUUAAAUGCAUUUGGUUAUAAUUGUUUUGAAGCCACAACAUUAUUUGCGGCAGGAGUUCAACCUCUAUUGAGCUUGACUACACAUUCAGCCCUCUCUUAUAACUACAUUUGAAUGAAGCAAAUAAUAAAUACAUUACAGCAAGCAGCAUAGGCACUGAAACCACCUUCCAUUCCUCCAAAAGGGGUUUCCAUUGAAGACAGAGAGUUAUGGGUAUAUCUCCUGACAGUCCCUGGGACUGCAGUCACUGUUGCCAUGUGUAACUUUCAUUCUAUAUAUCUCAUAAAAGAUGCAUAGGGACAGUGGGGUUUUGUUUUUUUGAAAGAAGGUGGUGCUUCUCACCAUGAAGUUGUUACAGUAAGUGACAUACUUUUAACAUUUGGGGGGUGGGUGAGUGCUAGUACUGCAUACUCUUGAAUUCCCCCAGAGAAAAGCUCUAACAUGUGGAAUAUGCAAUUCUCCAAAAGAGCAGAUAAAAGCUAAUUACCAAGGGAUGCAAGUCACUGAAAAAUCCUCGUUUCUUUGUGUCAUCUGAAUAUUUGGCUCCAUCUGAUUUUCUGAUUGCUCAAUAAGGCUCCCAACACUUCACAAUGCAUUGGAUUAGAGAAUAUAAAUGAAGAGCAGGCUUACUGAAGUGGCUUAUGCGUCAGCUUUUUGUGACCUCCUGGAGGAUGUAAAUCUCUUAACAGUCCAUGGUUUUGUUACAUCUAGGUGGCAACCAAAUACGAAGUCAGCAUCUAUGCUCUGAAGGACUCUCUGACCAGCAGACCUGCCCAGGGUGUAGUCACUACCCUAGAGAGUAAGUUACUCAACAUUUCAAAAUAGCGUCCCUGAUCCCUGAUACCAUAGAGUCCCUGAUUCAAAGGCAAAAACAUUUGGAGCUUUUUCAGUUUCGAGAAAAGGCAAAUAAGUGGGAAGGGGGAGGACAUGAUAGAGGUGUAUAAAAUUAUGCAUGGUGUGAAGAAAGAGGAUAGAUAAGUCCCCCCAAUUGCCCAGUAUUAGAACCCAGGACCAUCAAAUAAGGCUGAGUGUUGAAAAACUCAGGGGAGACCAAAGGAAGAUCACACCAACAAAUAGCAAAUUUUCUACCACAAUCUGCUGUGAGGCCCACAAACCUAGAUGUCUUUAAAAGAGGAUUAUUCAUGGACUAUCAACAGUUGCUAGUCAUGAUGGCUGUCGGAGAGUCGGAGGCAGCAGGUUUCCAAAUAGAAGUCAUUGGGGAGCAGCAAUGGGGCUUUUGCCCUUGUUGUGUCCUGCUUCUUUCCUUUCCACAGACAGUUGGACUUGAGGUCAUUGUUGGAAUACAGGAUGCUAUUCUAGAUUGGUCAUAUCCCUCUUCUCCUAUUUUUUGGGAGUGCCUGGAAAUGGGUUCCUAGAAUCACUGGUUCUGAUCCUGAAUGAGAACUAGGCAGAUUGGGUUUGGAGGUAUAAAUAAGUGGUAGUUCUAAAGCGGCCUUUUGGUGGAAUUUGCCUCAAUGCAUGUUUGCAAGACGGCAUGCACCCUUUACCUUUAAAGCACAUUUGACGCACUAUCCCCCACUCCAGAGAAUCCUGACUGUUGUAGUUUACCCCUCACACAAUUACAGUUCCCAGCAACCCUUCACUACAGUGCCCAAAAUUCUUUGAGAGAAGAAAUAUGUGUAGAGUGUGCUUUAAAGGUAUAGUGUGUCUGCAGCCUUCAGUCUUCCAAGCAGCUGUGUAUGACUGUGGUACUAGCAGACUGUUGUGCUAACGGACAGUUGCCUGACUUUUGGUGUUUGUGUGUGUGUGCAGAUGUCAGCCCUCCCCGUAGGGCACGUGUCACAGAUGUCACAGAGAGGACCAUCACAGUCGUCUGGCGUACCAAGACUGAGGCAAUCACUGGUUUCCAUAUUGAUGCUGUCCCAGCAAAUGGUCAAAAUCCUGUUCAACGAACAAUUGGCCCUGAUGUUAAACCCUACACUAUCACUGGUAUGUGAACUUAUUCACACCACCUCUGUGUCUGCCCAUCGUCCUAUCUGCGCCCAGGCUCUGAGUCUGAGUCUCCUUGGCUCUUCCUUUCCAUACCUCCACUACUUUUCAGUAUGAUUUCAGAAUGCAGCAGGGAUGUCUGUGACAAAAACUCUGCUCACCUUCAAUAGGAAGCAGCACAAAGGCCCUAAUUCCCAUCCCCGCCAUUCAUGGUGAUGCCACCCUUAGGGCUUGUCAGCCAACUUCCUUGGAAGCCCUUGCUAACAUGUUUUUAUUGACUUGAGGUGCAAUGCUGUUCAGAACAGUACUUUAUAUGAGCAAGGUUUAUUUUAUUUUUAAUAUUUCACUUUGAAUCACAGGCUUGCAGCCCGGCACUGACUACAAGAUUUACAUCUACACCCUGAACGGCAAUGCUCGCAGCUCCCCAGUAGUGAUUGAUGCUUCCACUGGUAAUGGUAGUUUAUAAAAACUCAUAUUAACUGAAAUGGUGGUUUCCUUUCCUUUGAUCAUGUAAAUCAUCUGUGGCAUGUUACAGCAAUGAUUCCCUUCCCGCCGCUUGGACUUUGGGGGAGAAGCAGAAUGUUCUCAGACUUGUAGCUGAAACACAUGGAAACUGUAUUUCCCCCUUGAGGGAUAUGAUGUCAUAUUAAAAUACAUGCACUCAAUGGUUUUAUUUGUUCCUCAGCCAUUGACGCCCCCUCCAACCUCCGCUUCCUUACAACCACAAGCAACUCCCUGCUGCUCACUUGGCAGCCACCCCGGGCCAAGAUCACAGGAUACAUCAUCAAAUAUGAGCAGGCUGGGGGGCAGCCUAGGGAAGUGCUUCCACGUCCCCGCCCUGGCACUACGGAGGCCACUAUUACAGGUAUGACCUCUCCCCAAAGAAGUCAGCUGUUCAGCUGAGAGGUGGGGUAAGCCUGUUCCUUGCUUGACCAUCCCUGGUGGGUUGGGGGUUUGGUAAUGACAACUUUUGACCCUGCCUCAACAAUCUUGCCCGUUGUAACAAGUGCAUUUUGUCCCAAAGACCUGAAUAGGAGCAGUUGAGAACUAAGCCUACUCCUACAUGCAUAGCAACAGUCUGGGACCAUAUCCUGGCCAUGCUAAAAUAUAACAGGCCAAUAGACCACUUUGGUUCAGUUGUUUCAGAAUAUGAACCUUAUUAGCACUUCUAUCCUUUAGAACCCUGCCUCUAUCUAUCUAUUUAGAAACAUGUAUAUCCCACUUUUCCACUGUGACUGCAUUUACAAAAUCUGAACUUAAACAGGACAACAGAUGAACAGUAUUAAAUAACAGAGAGAUGAAAGUAACAAAACAAGAAAAACAGAGAAACCAUAUUAAAAUAUAAGAAGUUAAACCAGCAAAACCUAUCUGAUAAAUGCCUAUCUGAAUAAUAACUAGAUGGUAGUAAAUGGGAGCAGUGUGUGUAUAGAGUUCAAAACUAGAAACCUAUAAACACGUACCUGGUAGUAAGCUCCCUGAGAAACAACGAGGCUUAUUUUUGAGUAAGCAUGCAUAAGAUUGCACUGCAACCUUGAAUACUGUUUCCUUUUAAAAAUGGGUUUAUGCCAAUCCUUUGUCAGGUCUGGAGCCAGGAACAGAAUAUGUCAUCUAUGUAUUUGCUGUGAAGAAUAAUCAGAAGAGUGAACCAUUGAUUGGAAGGACAAAAACAGGUAAAACACCUUCAAUCUUACUGAGCACGAAAGAGAAGCUAGAUGCAGUUCUGUUUUGAAUUUCAGUUAAUGCCAUUGCCACACAACUGGUGGCACAUCACUGCUUAAAAUUUCCUUUAUAUUUCUGGACACAAGUGGAGACACUCAUCAAUCUGUAUAUAUAUAUAUUCAGAUAAGUUGGUAAUCCUGACCUGCAGAGUACUAAUGCAGUUUAAUAGAUUUGGCUGCGGUUGACAAACCUCCUUUCACUUUUUGUCUUUCCUGUUUCCUACUUUUAAGAUGGUUGAUUUAAUAUUGCUUCUUACCUCUGAAUCUGUUAGAAACUGAGGGUACACUCCAAUCCAAAUUAAACAUGUCUGCUCAAAAUUAAGCUUCACAACAUUCAAUAGUAUAUGUGGUUGCAUCCUCAGCAUUUAAUUUGAUUGGUGAGAGGUAAGCACUUGCUUAACUCUCCUUAAUUGUAAAUCAGUGGAACCUACAAAUGCUUGAUUUGAUCUGGAUUGUAAACCAUCUAGCUUUUUAUAGAUUCAAAAGGAGAAAUCUAUAUUGACUAGUAGAUAUCAGUUGAUGCAUGCGGGUCUGAGUGACUUGUUCAUAAGACACAAGAGUUGCUUUUUCUCAGAAGAAAGGGAGUCAAGAGCUUCAGUCAUGGAUGAUUGACAUAACUCUCAGUUAGUUUCAAACCAGAUUCACCUUUGAAGUGUGUGGUAAGUAGUUGUAAAGUAGAGGGGAGUUCAGGUGUUAUCAUCCUAAGCUAAAUGAUUUUGGAAAUAGGUGCAAGGAGUAAUGUAGUAUAUAACAUUUCUCCCCUUUAGCUGAAAUUACAUCAAAGGAACUGAAUAUAGUGGUCCAAGGGCCUAAUUUGAGGGUACAUGAGAGUCAUGUACUGCCUUCCAUUGUGGAAGAGUGGCAGGAUAGAAAUGUCCUGUCAUUCAUUCAUUCAUUCAGCAAAAGAUAAUUUGUGGCAAGAAGGUUCUUUUGCUUCAUAGGGGAUCGUCUCAAAGGUACAAAAAUUGUCAUCACUUUGGCUCAUCUUGAGUUCUGUGGGCACAUGCUUUUGCCUUCUGGCUGAAGUGCUCUAAGUAGCCUCUGUAGAGAAACUGCAUGAUGACUUUGAGGACCCUUGAGAAUGCUGCUAACGUUUAAUUGCUUGAAUUAGGCAGUGUUUUAUGGAGCAGCUGCUUAGUUUGUUUCAUAAUGAAAGCAGCGCUUGCUGAAGGGUGCUUGAGAACCUGGCUUUGACUGCUUCUAACCUCUCUUUGGCUAGAUGAGCUUCCCCAGCUAGUAACGCUGCCACACUCUGGCCAAGGUGUGUCAGAGAACCUGGAUGUGCCCAGCACUGUGGAGAACACGCCUUAUCUCACCAACAACCCGCAUGAUAAUGGAAAUGGUAUCCAACUUCCAGGGACUUCUGGUCAGCAGACUAUAUUGAGCAAGCCAGGCCAACAAGUCAUUGUGGAAGUAUAUGGGUCUCGGACCCCUACAACUGCCACCACCCCAGUGGGGCGCAGGCCACAUGUGCAGCCUGGAGACCUACCAGACGUGGAUGAACAUGCUUAUUAUCCCCACAACCUUCUGCCCAAGAAUAAUCACACGAGGCUCCAGGAAGCAGUUUCUCAGACAACCAUUUCUUGGACGCCCUAUUCAGAGACCACGGAAUACAUUAUCUCUUGUCAACCUGUUGGUGCCGAGGAAGAGCCUGUAGAGGUAACUUGGUUUUGUUAAUUUCUAAAAUGUAGUGGUAAUUCUGGAAAAGUGUUGUUGCCGUUGUGCUUGUUUAGAUAACGCCCUCACCGGCACUUUACCAAGUUUCAUAGGCAAACUGUCUUCAAGACCCCAUUCUCAAGGAAUUUGCAAUCUAAUAAAGACAAUGAUGAAAACAGGGAUGGCAUGCUAAAGGUAAUGGUUAAAUGUACCCAUUGAAGUUACACGUACUUUAAUCUCAGUUGGAUAUUACUACUACUACUAUUUAAAUUUCUAUACCACCCUUCUACUGAAGAUCACAGGGCGGUUUACAAUAUAAAAACACAAAAAUACAUGUCAUAACAAACAAAAACAAUACCCCCCCCCCCAGUUUAAAAGGCAAUAGGUGGUUUAAUGGGAGGCCUGGGAGAAGUGGAAUGUUUUUGCCUCAAAAUAAGUAACCAAAGCACCAGGCAAGCCUCCCUGAGGAAAGCAUUCCACAAAUGGGGAGCCAUGACAGAAAAGGCCCGUUCUUGUGUUGCCACCCUCUGGACCUCUCUCUGAGGAGGCACACAAAGAAGGGCCUCAGAUGAUGAUCACAGGGUCUAGGUUGGUUCAUAUGGGGAGAGGCAGUCCUUGAGGAUGAAGGAGAAGGAAAGCAGAGAAAUGGCAUUAAUACACAUUUAGGGAGGAAAUUCCUGGCAUAAGGUGCAGUAAUGGAAAAUAGGUCAUUUAAUGAGUCAUUGCAGGCAGCUAAUUAGUCUGCUAGGGUAAUGGUAGAGCUACAGGGAACAGAGACUACAGAUAGAAGAAAUGAGAGCUAAGAUACCGGAGAAAUGUGUUGAAUACUUCAAAAGUAACAUGCUUUUGCUGCUACAGAUGGGAAUCCAUGGUUGUGAAGAGGGUUUUUUCUUGGUCUAAGGCAGAAAUGAGGAGCCUGUGAUUCUCCAGAAGUUGCUGGAUUAUGACACUUGUCACAACUGACUACUUGCCAUGCUGGCUGGAGCUGAUAGAAGUUGGAGUCCAGCAAUAUCUGGUGGGGCCACUCAGGGUCCUCAUCUCUGUCCUAUUGGAUAGGAAAUGCCUUGUCCAAAACAGGAUGGGCUUAUCACUCCUGCAAAAAACUGGGGCAAAUGCUGGUGUGGGAAAGAGACUUACUGUGAGCUACUCUUUCAACAUUACUAGAGCUGCACAGGAAGAAGACUUUGUGGCAGCUCCUCACCAUGAAGGUGACAUCAAAAAGUGGCCAAGCAGUAAAUUGGCUGCUCAAAUCUCACCCUGUUCUUGACAACUUGAGUAGAUCUAGGUAGCCACAUCACUGCAUUUGUAAAAGAAGGGGAAAAGGUGCUGGAAUAAGGGAGACUUGUCUCAUCUCUAUUUGGGUAAAGAGAAGCCAUAUCCUCAUUGGAUUGGACCCCAGAACCCUGCUCUCUAGAGAAUCGACUUGAUAUACAGCCAUUUCAGAGCCAGUGUCUCGUUCUUCAAGAAAGCAAAAUUCAACAUGUUUCUACAUCUUCUCAAAUUUUAGCUCAGAGUUCCUGGCACAUCGUCAAGUGCUACACUUACUGGUCUUACUAGAGGUGCCACCUACAACAUCAUAGUGGAGGCAAUUAAAAAUAGGAAAAGGCACAAAGUCCUUGAAGAGGUGGUCACAGUGGGCAAUGUCGGUAAGUAGAAAGGAAGCACUUUGGGGGAAGGGCUCCACUCUUCUUUUGUGUAAUAACCUUGGUUUAGGAUCGCUGAUAACUAUGGUGUCCUUGUUUGGUUGGAUUCACGCUUGUAUCACACUAAUCCUUCAUGGAGUUCAGGAUGGCAUGCAUAGGGGUCUCCGUGCCACAUGCCAGUUUCACCUCCCAGGGAGGUUAGUUAGAGAGAAAGUGACCCUGGCCAGCUUCAUGGCUGACCGGGGAUUUGAACCCUGAUCCCCCCACUACUGCACUCUAACCACUGCACCAUUCUAGCUCUCAAACUCCUCUUUCAAUUGUGUAUCUUUCAGCAUACAUUUCUGCCUGUUCUUUUGCUUCCUCUGAGUUAUAUAUUCAAAUAAUCUUAGUGGGAGAGGAAGCCUGUUUAAGCAAUGAAAUCCAGAUCAUUAUCUGAACAAAGAUAAUUAAGCUAAAUUUUUGUGCUAUUUAUCGCUGCAUGGAGACUUCAUUCUUACUGGCACCCUUUUGAGUGUGUGUGUGGGGGGGAUUGUUUGCUAAGAAGUACUGCAUGUUGUCAUACUACUUUUCAUUCUGUGUCCUUUCCAGUUCCUGGAACAUCAAACCAACCAACAGAUGACUCAUGUUAUGAUACAUUCACUGGCUCCUUCUACUCUGUUGGGGAGGAAUGGGAAAGAAUGUCUGAAACUGGAUUUAAACUCUGGUGCCAAUGUUUAGGCCUUGGCAGUGGACACUUCAGAUGUGACUCUUCAAGUGAGUAGCUUCUUGAAUUCAUUUGGCUCCAUUUCUAAAAUUUGAGGCAAUAAACCCCAAAUACCUACACCUCGCCCCCCCUCAGAAGGGUGGUGAGGAAUCCCCAGCACAGAACUAUACUACAACGCCAACCAAGUGCACCACAUAAUCCCAUGCAUUCCAGAAGACGAAACAAAACAAUGGAUACACCUGGAGAGAGACGUAAUCGAAAAUACCCCCACCAUGGCAUACCCAUUCCUCCCAAACAUAUCCCCACAACGCUAAACAGGUUCACACAGACAAUGCUUUAAGCAUGGAAGGAAGAAGCAGGUAAACUGUCCCCAACCCCAGCCCCACUAAACCCCCUGGCUCACCACUCACUAUUCCACCACGCAGCACAAAACCUCCAGAUAAAAACCUGGCAAGCCAAAGGCUUAUACUGCCCGGCAGGCUUCUACAAAAACAACAAACCCACAUUGACUCAAGAAAUACAAGGCAAACUAGGGGACACCCAAAUGCCCUGGUUAACACACCACCAUUUUCUGUGUUGUUAGACUGUGAUGUUAGACAACCCAGAAAAGGGGAUAGCACACAUUUGCGUAGCUGGUUGUACAAUGGACAGUAUAAAAGAAUAUGUUCUACUGGGUCCAGCACAUUCAAAAAACAUCCGCAAUGCCUAUCAUUUCAGGAGAUGUUUAAAUAUCUGCCCUUAACAAAAGCUGAGGAAAAAACUUUCAGUUGGCCCUGCGUUGGACUGGAAUUAUUAACUGUGAAAUAUAAGUGACCCUGCUAUUUGUUGGAUUUAAACCAUAAAACAUAAUCCAGCUAGAGCUGUCAUUAAUUCUGAUUUACACCAGUUUUUUUCCAAUUAAAGUUCAGUAUUUUGUUUGCUUCAGGACUUUACCAGCUGACUACCCUGAUGCCAUAUACUUACAUUCUUACGUUUCCCCCCCAGAUAAAAUAAGACACCUAAUUGAACAUUGCUUCUUCUGUGUGUGCUUCACAUUUACAGAUACUGACAGCCAAAUCAGCAACUAAAUAAAUCCUGAUAACCUGAAGACAAUUUGAUAAAACCUAAAUACUAUGUCUUGAUCAUAUUGCAAGUUAUAGCCCUCAUUCCCAGCCUUGUCAUAUGUAUCCUAGCAGCAUUAGAGCUUUCUAAAAUAAUCUUAAAAGCCAAUUCACUUUCUAAAUAUGUUCAUAAUAUGUUCCAGUGGCGAAGCACUGCUCAACCCUUAGCAAGAUCAACUGCUUCUAGCUCACCCUGGGAUAAGUGAUGGUUUAAGCAGCCUCACGUAGCAAUCACAGGAAUGAGGAGACCAACAGCAGAUGGAUGUGGCUGAAACACCCUAGAAUUAUUUUUUGGAUAGGCGGAGACUGUUAACCUGGGAACAAUAACAGGAAUUAUUUUUUAUGGAUACUAAACAUGUCAGGCCCCCUUUUACUUCCAAACUGUGCCUAGCUGCCAGUUGACUGGAUAAGAGCUCUUUUUUGUUGAAAUAUUGUUCUUUGUAAAGAGCUCCUUCUACCAAUCUGAGGCUUUUGUCUAUGGGACCCUAAGCCCCAGAAUACAUCAAGUGACCAACACAUUGUCAAACAGGGCUCAGUGUGGAUUCAGCAUCACUUUAUUGAUCUGUCGUUUCUUUGGUUCAUUCAGAGUGGUGUCAUGACAACGCUGUGAACUAUAAGAUUGGUGAGAAGUGGGACCGGCAAGGAGAGAACGGACAGAUGAUGAGCUGCACCUGCCUUGGGAAUGGAAAGGGAGAAUUCAAAUGCGAACCUCGUACGUAUGGGCAUUACCUUUUUUGAUGUAUAAAACAACAUUCUUGCUGCUUGUGCUUGUCCCCAAAAUAACCUAGAAGCGAAAUCUAGGGUGCUAUUCAACUGGGUUUCACUCAGAGUAGAUCCACUGAAAUUAAUGGGCCAAACUUAUGGAUCUACUCUGAGUUAAGCGUAGUUAAAUGCCACCUCUAGUGAUUUAUUUUUCUGAAUUAAAAUAAAAGGAUGUCACAUAGAGGAGGGAGAAAGGUUGUUUUCUGCUGCUCCAGAGAAGCGGACACGGACAUGGAUCCAAACUACAAGAAAGAAGAUUCCACCUAAACAUUAGGAAGAACUUCCUGACAGUAAGAGCUGUUCGACAGUGGAAUUUGCUGCCAAGGAGUGUGGUGGAGUCUCCUUCUUUGGAGGUCUUUAAGCAGAGGCUUGACAACCAUAUGUCAGGAGUGCUCUGAUGGUGUUUCCUGCUUGGCAGGGGAUUGGACUCGAUGGCCCUUGUGGUCUCUUCCAACUCUAUGAUUCUAUGAAAAGUUGGGGUCCGAUUCCUGUCCUCUGGGACAAUUCUUCUUACAGGAGUGUUUAACUGACAAUGAGGGUGUUCUGCACAGGGUUGUUCAUUCUUUAUACCACAAAAGGCAAGAAAAAUGUGUUCCUGCCAUCAGGAUAAAGUUUCUGCCCAGUUUAGGUGCUCCCUCUUACAGGAAAGCACUGGCAACCUACUGCCCUACUGCCAAUGCUGGUGGCCAUAAAUCAACAGUACUCAACUAGGUUUUCUUCCCUCCUCCUCUUUUCCACAGGCUGGCAGGUAGGAGAAAACCUGAACAAAAUCCUGCCAACCUGUUGAUGAAUACCACACUGGAGAUAACCUCCUAAAUUGUCUUAAGAAUCUUCCUGGUAUAGGUUGGCACUGUUACGGUGGAUUUAAUACCGGAGAUGUUUUGCCCUCCGAGUGGCAAAGUACAUGCCAAUUAAAAGAAUUGCUUGUUCCUUGGCUUUUUUUUGUAGAUGAAGCAACUUGCUAUGAUGAGGGCAAAAUGUACCAUGUAGGAGAGCAGUGGCAGAAGGAAUAUCUUGGGGCCAUCUGCUCCUGUACUUGCUAUGGAGGACAGCAGGUAAGCAUUCUAAUACCAGUGCUGUGACUUAUAACAGGCAGCAUGGUGUGUGAGAGAGAGGGGGGGGGGGGAGGCAGGAGGGAAUAUGACAUACUUGCAGAAUCUGGACAUAUUUUGUGGCUAAUGCCCACUCAGGUUCAGAGUUCAUUACAUUUUAAGUGACUCUACAGCAACAAGCACUACAAAUGAAAUUGUUAAAGGGGAGCCUAAAGCAGAAAUAAACAUGUGACAUUAUGCAUUUUUGCCUGGUUCUACAGGCAUGCUCAGUAUAUGAAGUCUGAUUUACCAAUACUAAUGCCACUUUCAGAACAAGUACUUUUGCAGCACUGUGGAUGAGCUGUUUAGAGCUGCCUAGGUGACGCAGUACUGUUCCUGUCUCCUAACAUGGCUUUCAUUCAGAUAGCUUUUGUAGUUGUUGAAAUAUUAUUUCCCAAAUGAUCAGUACAUCUGUUCAUGCAACUUAUUUAAGCCUAUACUGAAAACACUUUAAAUGACUUUGACCUUAAAACACUGUUAGUUCCUCUGCCUACUAAGACUGUAAUCAUACACAGUGAGUUCCCAUUGACUUAAAAUCAGUGAAAAUUUACCUGUAUGAAUGAACCUGUGAUACCUAGUGAAUCAACCUCUCAUUUUGACUGGAUCUUUUCCCUUAGGAUACGAAGGGAAACAAUUGUGUAUGCCACUUUUCUUCAGGGACAAAAUUGAAAUUUGAUAUAUAUGGCACCUUCCAUUCAGAAUCUCAUGCUAAAAUGCAGUGUUUGUUUAUUUAAAGGGCUGGCGUUGUGACAAUUGUCGUCGGCCAGGGGCUGCGCUCUCACCUGAAGGUUCUCCUGGUCACACCUACUCACAGUACUCACAGAGACAGCAACAGACUUCAAAUACUGUAAGUAUAGAAGCCCCAUUCAUCUGACAGCAGUGGCUGUUCAGCACUGCUCACCGUCGUUACUAAGAAUGCAAAUUCCUGGUAGUCUUCCACUAUAGACAGGCAACUUCUGUUAACUUCAUGGGUCUCCCAGCAGUUUCUAAUCUAAGAGACUGAUCAGAUGCACAGCUUCAGAAUCAAGUGCUUCUAGUCCAACACCAAAAUAUUUAGAAUAAGUUAGUCAUCUGCAUGGCCAGCCUAAAACAGUUCUAAACCACUUUCAUGUGAUGACUAAUCAAACGUUCCUAGUCUGACUGCCACAGGGUUCCAGUUCCCACAAUAUCCUACGGUAUGAUAUGGUAUGAAACAAGACUGGAAUGCAGUUUGUGUCAAGAGUGAGUGUGUUUAUUGGACCAUGUCCAGGUUAGCAGCAGAAGGAAGGGAAACCAAUACAGCCAUCACUUUGAUGAAUGCAAUGGAACAGGAACAUUUCCAUUCCCUUCAGCAGAACUGCUGCCCAUCCCUCCACCUCACAAUUCAUCUGUUAAGGGUUUGCAUUGUGAAAUGUCAACAGAUGCAAGUAUUUUGGCUGAGCAAGAUACUUUCCACCUUCUAGACCUGUUGAGCUGAUUUCCUUCCUCCUCCUUUCUUCCAGCAGAAUGUUCACUGCCCCAUUGAGUGCUUCUACCCUUUGCAUCUACAAGCAGAGACGCCAAAUCGACGAGGAGACUAACACCAGCCAAGGAAAGUCUUUCUUGCCAAGACCAUCCACUCUAGAAUGCUGCUAGAGGAAAGCAGGUCUGCUUCGGGUGGCCAGAGCGCCUUUCUCGGCUUUGCUCAACUCAACUCACAGCUUCUCCAAGGGAGGCCACUCUUGGAGUGUCUCAAGACUUCUUUUCACAAAGGAUAGUUGUAUACUGUCUUCUCUUUUGCUCAGUGUUUCAAUACCAUUCAGUAUUUUCCCUGAAGACGACUCAUACUAACUCAUAACUUGCUCAGCAACCAGUAGCCAUAAGGGAUUAAGGGGAGGGGCUCUCCUGCCAUAGGGAAUGAAUGAAAAUCCAAAGUUCUGUGUUCAUCUAAUUGCGCAGCUACCAAUAGGGACUGCAAACCCCAUCACUGUGAUAUCUAAAAAUAUGCACAGUCCUAAUCUUUCUAAAUUAUCCUAAUUUCUUUCCCUAGCGGUAUGUUUGUAUCUCGUACUGUUAUUUAUCAACAUUGUUCUUCCUUUCCCUGCUCCCUCCCCUCCCCCUCAGUGUUUUUUUAACAGGAAAAUAUAUUAAAGACACUUAGUACACCAUUGACAGAGGAAUUUGGUAUAAUUAUGAUCAGUGAUUAUUUUUUAUACUGUAAGUGCCAAAGCUUUAACUACUGUGGGAGACAACUCUUUUAAUAAAAAGAUUUACAAUCCAGCUGUG